GCUUGAUGCUCUCAUGCUAUUUGGGGGUGAAGGGGAUGAAUUUGAGGACAACUGCAGCUUAACCCUUUUCAAGAUAUUUAAAGUCUGGUAAGUGUUCUAUUAAACUUGCAGAAUAAAGCAGUUUUUUUUAUUAGCAAAAUUACUAAACAUAUCUGCCAUGUGUUUUUCUGACAAUUUUUUUUAUUAAUGUGUGUUAACAAAAAAUAUUUUCAUCUGUGUUUUAUUAGACUUCUCCUCUUUAUUUUUUAACUUUUUCUGAUAUUUAUCAUAUUGUAUUGGUUCUUUUUUAUUUAAAUUUAUUACAAGGUUCCCAUAAAUUCUGAACGCAAAUAAAGAUGCCAAUAUUAACCCAUCACUCAAACGCUCAUCAAUCUCAGAUGGCUACAUAGGCUAGAGCAGGGGUAGGCAACCUUCAGCACUCCAGAUAUUGUGGACUACAUCCUCCUUGCUGCUUUGCCAUCAAAAUUUGUAAUAGCAUUAUGGGAGAUGUAGUCCAAAACAUCAGGAGUGCCAAAGGUCUAGAGUAUUCAGCCCCAGUGUACAAACCAACAAAACAACUUAGGUUACCCAGGUUUUUCGCACCAUUACAUGGCUAUAGCUCACCUGCCAAUGUCAAUGAUCUAAAGUGAGCCCUAUGCUAAUGUGUAUUUAAAACCAUCUACACUAACUCUGGUUUGUAUUUUGCCCAGAGGCAAAAUCUUUAACGAGACAAAAGAGAGCUAUUUUUCUGAAGCCCACCUACACGAAGCUUGGAAAUCAUUGCCAAUAGGGUUAACGUUUAACAGCAAUGACUCCAAUGUAUCAAUUACAGAGAAACAACGAGACAGGAAAAAAAUGAAGCACAUUUUCUUAAAAAAAAGAGAGAAAAAUGAUUAAAUGCUGCGUUCCCACAGCACAUUUUUUUCAUCCAGGAGUCCCCAGGUACCUUGACAUAAUUUCGGAAAUAUGUUCUGUAUGCAGCUAAACACAGCCAUCCCGGGAGUCCAGUUACUCACUGAAUCUGUUUGGCACCGUUUAACAAUACACAAACAUGAACAAACAGCGUAUGGAGCCAAUUAGAGCUCAGCAAACAUAAUUAGAAGGUGAAUACCGGCGGUAAUUGGGAAUGGAAUUCAAUCAUUCCUGAAAAAUUUUAUGUAAAAUAUGGCAUGAGAUACUUAAUUAGAAACAGCUCAUUAUUCUAGAAGGGGAGUCUGGGAUCCGGUAAUGUAAACGUGAAACGGCGCGGUCACUUAGCUAAUUUUGGCAAAGCUCAUUAGCUAGCUGGAAGCUAGCUGAGCCUUUUGUUUUAUUUUUAUUUAAAAAGUAAAUUUUUUUGUUACCAUCCUAUGUGAGAUCUAAGUUUGUUUUACUCCCUUGGUACAGUGCAUGUAGGCUCCAUGGCAACACAUGUUCUUGUACAAAAGUAUAGAAGGAAUGUCUUUUGUUGGAAUUUUGUAGCAUUUUCAAAGCAGAUAUCUGUGUUGUAGUGGUUAUGAUGCCAGGAGUGUCCAGGUACAUCCCAUAGAAAGAUGUCAAACCUUUAUAGUACACUUUGGCUUAUUACCUGAUCUCUCGAGCGGCCACACUGCAUCAGCAGAAGCUGGAUGUCACCACAAUCGUCGGCAUUUAGCUGAUGGUCCUGCUCGGAUGGCCAAAUGAGGUGGAUGGGGCACAGGUACCCAGGAGGAUCCAGGUAAGUUGUCAAACCAUGCUAGAACAGUCGGUAGUUGAAUAACAUUUCCUUUAAGGAAUGUUAUUUAUUAAAAGGACUCUAUAGCAUUAGGAAUUGUGUGAUGUCAUCCAGGACUGAGCAUGUAAUGGUCCCAGCUGCCCUAUCCAGAAGGCUUGAAGCCGUGUUUCCAAAACAUUCAACUAUUAAAAUAAAAGUACAAGUGAAACAAGAAAAAUAUCCCACAAAUGGGAUAUGGGUGGAUUGGCACUAGAUAAAUUGCCCCCAGUGUCUCUAACCACUCACAAGACAAUAAAAUCACAAAAUAGUACAAAGAGGAGAGAAGGGGGUGUAAUAGUGAUCACCAGCACACAGUGAGUUAUAUUUAAAUCCUACAUAUGGUACACCUCCUGAUUAUUCUGUAUUUCAGUUGUGAGCAGGUAAAACGUUUUCCCUAAUGUAAAUUCACAAACAAACUGAACAUAAAUAAAAUAAACAGACCAGGAAAAAUAGCAGCAGAGUAUUGGAAUGAAAUUCUGAGCACAAUGCGUUUCAACCUAUACAGUUCUCUUAUGUAUAAAUCAGAAAUUAAUUUUCGCACUUUUCUGCGCUCCACAGUUACUUCCGUGUUGUGUCAGGUUUAGAUAUUAUAAAAUACUAGGAAUGCUUAGCUUCUAUAUUAUUAUAAUAAUUAUUAUUAUUAUUAUUGCCAUUUAUAUUGCGCCAACAGAUUCCGAAGCACUUUACAAUAUUAUGAGAGGGGGGAUUUAACUAUAAGAGGACCCUGUUUAAACGAGUUUACAGUCUAUAGGAGGUGGGAUAUAAAACAAAUUAGGACAGGAAAUAGCCAAAUCAAUGUUAAUAAAAUGUUUAUCCUAUAACAAAUGAGAUUUGGAAAACAUUGGACUAAUUAUCGUUCUUAUUAUGAACUGCUACCCCAUUCUAAAAUGGUGAUUACCAUGUCUGCCCUGCUUGUGACUGAUACAGUUUAGGAAGAAAUGCCCGGCAAUAGCGAGUGUGAGAGACAGAAUCAAGGGAUUACGGCGCUGACGUCACCACGUCACUGAUUUCAUAAAGUGGCAUUGAGUGACCACGUCACCGACGUCACCAUGUGCCACGGAGUGACGCUGCACAUAGGGGUAACCUGACGCAACAUGAAAGUGGCAGAAAGGCACUGUACCUCACAGUCAGCAGACACAUUCCAGCCAAUCAGCAGCAGACCCUCCCUCCCAGAUCCCCCACCUCCUGGACAGCUCACUAAGAAUGCAGCUUUACAAUGAAUGUAAAAUGGAUGCUGUCCAGGUCAAAGUUUACUCAAUGAUGACACAGGGGGCGGACCGAACAGCGCAUAUGUUCGCCGUCCGUGGCGAACCGUUCGGCGAACGUUCGGGACAUCACUACUCCCUACCCAUCUCAUCACAUAUAUUUCCUCCAUUCCUCUGUUCUUUUUUUGCUUUCCUACUGUGGAUAUCAUUUAGAUCAGGCGUGUCCAAUCCUCCUGCCUGCACCCUGCAGUGUGUGUAUGUCUGUGAUUGUGUGUGUGUGUGUAUAGGUAUGUGUUUAAAUGUGUGUGUGCAUAUAUAUAUCUAUGAUUGUGUGUGUAUGUGUAUAUCUGUUGGAAUGUGUAUAUGUUUAGUAGAUAGCUCCCUAAUUUGGUAUAUGACAAUCCCACAUAAGGAUAACAAAUAAGGGAUCUAUCUACAGAAAUAAAUGAAAUAUUAAAAUGAAGGAAAAUGCUUUCUAAGCUUUAUUAUACAAAUGUAUUUAUUUAUUUAUAAAAUAUUUUACCAGGAAGGAUACAUUGAGAUUUCUCUCAUUUUCAAGUAUGUCCUGGGUCCACAAAUCAUUGCAUUGUUACAUUAGGGUACAAUAAAAUAAAAAAAAAAUAUUAAUACACAAUAUGUACACAAUGUAACAUAGAACAGGUAGGAGAUAUAUAUCAACCAUGACAGGUGCAUUCUGUUUUGAUGUAUGUAGAGAGGGAUCUCUUAAAGGACUUUAGGCUUAGGGAAGAUUUGAAAGUGUGCGGGAGGUCGUUCCAUAAUUGCGGCGCUCUGUAGGAGAAGGAGGAUCGGGCCGCUUUCUUUUUGUAUUGAAGUAGACUAAAUAAAGUGCUGGUAUUGGAUUGGAGGUUAUAGGAAGUGGGAACAGCUGAGGAGAGCAUUCUGCUCAGGUAGGGUGGGAGCUUCCCAGAAAAGCUUUUAAACACAAGGCUGGUAAGAUGAAGGGUGCGUCUGGAUUCCUGCAAUAACCAGUUUAACUCUUAUAACAUGUCACAAUGGUGAGUCCUAUAAUUACAUUGUAGCAUAUAUCGGCAGAACGAGUUAUACAAUGUAUUGAGUUUAUUAAGGUGGGUUUGCGGUGCAGGUGCAUAUACUACAUCCCCAUAAUCAAUGAUUGGCAUCAGCAUUUGCUGUACAAUCUUUUCCUUUACUUUAGGGCUUAGACAGGAUUUGUUUCUGUACAGGGCACCUUGUUUUGGAUAAAGUUUUGAUGAAAGUUUUGCUAUGUAGAGGCCAAAAGAUAGAUUGUGGUCUAACAACAUACCCAAGUAUUUAAAAGAAUGGACUGCGGUAAUUCUAUUAAUUAUAUAUUUUAUAACUUAGUUAUAUUAUAUAUUCUAUGUGCGGCACAAGAAAAUUCCUCUUCACUCAAUGUGGCCCAGGGAAGCCAAAAGGUUGGACACCCAUAAUUUAGAUGUUUAGGUCAUUUUAGAAGAUAUAGAUAGUCCUAUGACUUUUCUCUUGAGAAACCCAAACAAUGUUCAUCUAUAUUUAAAAUGCAACAACAUAUCUGCUGCUCUACAAGGAGAUAUAAGAAUCUAUAGAGUUUAAAGAUGACCAGGUAAUUACUUGGACUGUAAGUUUUACAUCACACCUUACUUAAAAUGUAAAUAUAAUGGUUCUACGAGAUGGGGCUUGAACGCCAUGCUGAGAGGACACAGCAUGAGCUCCCGAUACAUCUUGAUAUCUAUGUUCUUCUGAGGAUAUUAAUAUCCUGUUCAUCAACCUUUUGUAACUGGCAAAAAUGGCUGACAGUGGCAUUGCUGCAAAGCAUGAUGUACAGGCAUGCAGAGCUGUGUGGAUGGCUUCUUUCGCACAUUUGACGAUAUAUGUAAGCGGUUCUGGGGGAACCUAUGGAGACAGAAGAGGUAAUCUACAUUGUCAGCUCCUGUAGCACAGAUCGAUUUCGAAGACGCCCUUCCAUACGGAGACCUAAGCAGAAUCAGUGGACCACACGAGGUCCCUGCAUCACAGGGACUUGGCCUGGCUGUAGGAGAGGGAGCCUGUGUCCAUAAGGCUGUGGCGAGAUAUCAGGGAGGCCUCGUUCACCCUUUACACCUGCAUUGACUCUAUCUGUAAGCUGAGGAUGAGUGGCCUGCUGCUCUGAAUUUCUAUGUUAUUGCAUCAGAGUUCCUUAUCUUUAUCUAUCUAUCUAUCUAUCUAUUUAUCUAUCUCUUCCUGUUCAGUCAAGCAUAUUUACCUCUUCUACUCUACCAGCCUGAGCAAAUAAUGUGAAUUCAGUCUAAAUGUUCUUGGUGGUUCCACACUGCCUUUUUCCUUGUGUUGUCAAUUGACUUAGCCUAAAAAUUACUUAAUCUAUCUUGUUCUCCAUGACUCACACUCGUUAUUUUCUGUUAUAUAUAAAAAAGUGCUGUAUCUCUGACAUUUUAUGACAAUCUUGCUUCAAAACUCAUCUAUUCAUAUCAAAAUGUAUGUAUACGCUUGAAUGUCUCACUAAGCACUGCAAAAAUAAAUAAUAUAAAUAUAAUGCUUCUCGUAGCUUGAAUUACAACAUGCGCAUAUUAAGAAUCCACGUUCUGCUUGCUAGGGGGAGCUGCCAUCUUAAUGACUUGUCCCUUCUCCCUUUGAGUGGUAGUCUAUUGGUUCUGCUAAGUAAAUGAGGGUCACUCCAGACCAUUAAACAACUUUAGCAUGUGUGAAGUGUGUGUGCUCUUUUUUCAUUUUGCAAAAAGUGCAGAUUCCAGUAAGAAUUUACACUUUCAAAAAUGUACCUGGUUACACCCCCUUGGCUUUCAAGCAAACGGCAGGUAAUAUUACUUCCUGGUUUUGUUAGCGCAAUGCAGCUGACUUCAAGAGGCAGCAAUGGCCCAGAGCACCUGACUGACAAAGACUUCUCAUUGAGCUGCAUUGGGAAGUCUGUGAUUGGACAGCCACAGAAAGUCUGGGCGGGAUUAGAAGAGGAAAACUUGCAAAGGGAGCAGACAAGAGAACUGUUGGUUUUGUAACCUGAUUUUAGGUAUAUCCCCAAUAAAAAAAAAUGCGUAAUUAAAUGCAUGCACGGUUUCAUUUGGGGUAUAUUGACUAGCUAAACCGUGAUUUUAAUUUAUUUUGUAUUUGGGCAGUGGAGUGGCACUUUAAACAUUGUUCACUCAGCUACUCCUGAAAUCAAUUCAGUUAAAGUAAAAUACUUCUCACAUUUCAAUCCAAUAUAAAAGUAAAAGUCGUUUUCACAGUGAUGUUAAAAUCUGUGUUGGGAAAGAUCCUCAGUAUUUGGGAGAUGUUGUUCUGCCCUUUCUUUAAACCUUAUUAAACGGUUGAUAUUUUAAUAUGAAAGUCCGACCUUAGCACCAAUAUGUCAAACGAGAAAUAUGUUGUACCAUCAGAUUGAAUAAAUGACAUGGCUUCAUUGUUAUAUCAAGCCUGCAGCCAGUUUUGUAGUGGUUUAUAAAUUCUGUGGCUUGCAUACCACAAAACAGACAAACAUUCCUUCUGUGUGAUCCCUCACUAAAUAUUAUUCUGUUUGAACGUUUUUUUAUUAUUAUUGCCAUGUCGUAAUAGCCAAAACAGAUGGCUAAUUAACUUUUGGCAAGCGAAGAACUAUCUGUUCUUUAUGUUGUUUCGCUUUACCAUAGAUUUCUACUUCGAUGUACAUAUUUUGUAUUGUUUUUAAAAGACUCUAGUGUUAAAGGUGACACAAUUGGCAGCACCGGAGGGAUUUUAGAGCACAGAGAUUAUUGCAGACAGUAAAUACAAGCGUUUGGUUAUAGUGUUAAAUGAUAUAACCACGUUAUGAGGUGUUAGAAUGGAAGUUAGGGUUCACUAAGGGGGUCUGAGUUAGACCAUUAGCAACAAUUCUCAUCUUAGAGAUUCAGAAAGAUAAAUUCUGGUGCAGCUUUGUCCCAACUCCCCAGCAAAAACAACAAUAUUUGCAAUAGAGAUAGGUUUGUAAAAUAACAGUUAUUCUGGGAGGCCAGAGGCUAUUCUGGUGGGCUUGAGGGACUUCUUAAAUCAUUAAAGACUAGAGGAGAGUAUCAUGGUAGGAACAUUCCAUGUUAUCAUCUCUCCUGUGUGUAUGUUUAUUUAUUUGAUUGUUUGUUUCUCAGUUUAGAAAUAUUUUACAAAGAAGAGUACAUUGAAAUCUCUUUGAUUUGCAAGAAUGUUCUGAAAUGCACAACAGUACAUUUCACAUUUGAUUUGCUUGGAGAUACUGAGAGUCCUCUUAAGAGAUUGCAGGCUCAUGGAGGAUUUGAGGUUGUCUAGUAGGUCAUUGGCCAGUUACGGGGCUCAGUAGGAGCUUUUACGAACUACUUCCUUGUAUCAGGAAUUGUACGAUUCUAGGAGUGUGCGUAGAGUAUAGGGGCUGUAUAGACUGGGACUCAGCAAGUUGAUUAGGUAAUAUUAGAGAAGUGGUUGUUUAUGAAAGCAGCUUGAACAAGCUCGGCAAACCAUGACUUUUCAAUUGCCAAAUACCACAUUGGUCCUGAGGUUUAGCUCACCACCGAGUUUCAUGCAGUUAAGAAACAUUCUUCAAUGCAUCGAUAACCCAUAUAUAUUCUUUCAUGAAUCACAGCAGUGUCAGAGAAUUCUCAAUCUGUGUGUGCUGUAUAGCUAUAAUCUUAGUACACUUUAUCCAUAGUGUGUAAUCGUGGUUUAUAGAAGCCUCACGUAUACCAUGAGUACUUCUUUGUCACCUCAAAAUUAUGCACCGCACUAUAUGAAGACCCAUGACUAACAUCUCAUUGAUUGAUCAUUUGGUUUGGUUACUCCUGGGUGUUCUUCAUCAUUUUAGCAAAAAAUACAUUCUCUAAUUUUAACUGAACUAGAGAUUUUUCAUGUUCUACACUCUUAGCCUUUUGCAGGCCAAUACUCACCGCAAUUAGCUGUUUAGCCAACAGACUACGAUGUGUUCUAAAAUGAAACAAACACAUCACAUUCCCUUCUCAUAAUGGAACAUUCACACUAAGUACUCACUAACAAAGUCAAUAUUUUUUUAUAGCACAUAUUCCCUUCUUAAUACUUUGGUAAAGAUAUAUUCUUACUAUUGCCAUACAGGGAUUUCAUUCAUCUAACAAACUACUGUAAUACGGAGUGAGAGAGAGAGAGCAUUAUGUUUUCAACCAAAACCUUCAUCUUUUGGAGCCGAGCAACAUCUGGAAUGUGGUAAAAUAAUGAGAAAGUCAAGUCAACUGAAAUUAGCACGGGUCACUUCUACACAUAGGGAAAUCAUUACACAUGUUUUAUUUGCUAGAUCUAAGAAGCAGUUGAAAAUAAUCUUUCCAGUUUUUAUUGUAAUUGUGGCUUCUCCUUAUUUGGAGUUUAUUUUAGAUGAAUUGGUACUUUGUUACUCUCUUACCUGUUAAUUUUAACUAUGUGUGCCCUAGCGAGAAUUAGAGCCUGAGUAAUGUGAUGUGUGACUACUCCAAGCAGAGCUGAAAUACCGAUCUAACAAAUUUAAACUUGGGUAUUCAAUACAUUGAUUUAGGCCAUGCCUCUGGAUUCUUCUUUUAAAUUUGCCAAGAAAUCUUAGCAGCCUGGUUUCCACUUAUUUACGGGUUAAGAAGGCAAAAAUCUAUUUAGUUAAGUUCACAGAUAUCUGAAGUUGUGUAAAAAAUCCUUUUUAGUUGCCUUUAAUUCUGGGAAACCAAAGUAUUCUAUUGUAAAGUGCUUUUGGUUUCUGCUCCGGAAGGUACAGCAAGUAUUGGGGAUCACUGUAAAGUCCUAGGGCAGCCGACAUUAAAGAUACAAUAGCAUUAAUAGAUUUUAAGACACGUACCUUUAAUUCCCAGGACACUUUCAUUAUUUAUAAAUAAACAGGUCCCCAGUGAGAAAAGACGUGACCCCCACAUUGAGAGACUCUUGAUUUACAGACCCUCGUAUCUCUGCUUUACAUAUUACCUCUUUUUCCUUGAGAAUCCAAGACUCCAAUGGUUGACAUGUGGCAUAGAUCUAUAGUUGGCAGAUUGUUUUAUGAGCAAGCUUAAUUUUGCACCAGCUGAUGCUUUUGGAACUGUGCAGAGCUGUUUUAUGUGAAAGAUAAAGAACGUUAGGGAAAAAAACGAUGUCAGAAAAGGUGAAUUUUUGGUUAUAAUUACAGUGCAUUGCAGAGGAAUUCUGACAAGAUAGGCUUUGCUUUAUUGGACCAGACUUACAUUCCCGAGGAUACAGAUAUAUUUUUCUAUCCACUCCUCUCUUUCCAUUCCUGAAAAGUAUGCACGGUAUUCAGGAAAGCUCAGAGGACUAAGUGAUAGUAGCCUUACCGUGGUAAGCUAACCUGACAGACUGUAAGAGAUCACACCUCUCCACCUUCCAGGGACGGUGUCCUUUCUAAUACCUCCGCCCCGGGCGAAUGCCUUCAUAAUAGUCAUAUUCCAGUCAAAUAAACAAAUAAACCAAUUUAUUGUGCCUGCAAGUAGGUUGUAGAGCACGUAGCUGUAAAAAUCUGUCCCAUGGUGCUUCCAAUUUCUAAACAUUAAAAGGGACGCUUUAGAUACUACAACCAUUCCAUCUCAUUGAAGUGGUUAUAGUACCUUGAGUCGCCUGGCACUGGCCCUACAUUCAAUGUUAAAUAAUUUUUGAGAACUUUAAGACUAAAUUAGGAUUAUUGGAGGUGUUGCUAAGGCAGAUAUUACACACUUCCUUGCAGCCAUACCAGUUCUUACUAGCAAUGAGAGUUGUGAUAAUCUAAGCCAAUCACAGCCACCCACUGUUGCUCAGGCUAACAAUUCCUCAUGGACCCUAGCAGCUCAGAUGGGAUGGGCUGCUGGUGGUUCUCGUUAACAUUAAAACAAUUAAAACUGUUUAACACUGAAUAAAAUUACAGCAACGGGGACUACAGAUACAAUAACCAGCUUAAUGAGGUGAAGCAUAGAAACAUAGAAACAUAGAAACAUAGAAUGUGACGGCAGAUAAGAACCAUUCGGCCCAUCUAGUCUGCCCAAUUUUCUAAAUACUUUCAUUAGUCCCUAGUCUUAUCUUAUAGUUAGGAUAGCCUUAUGCCUAUCCCACGCAUGCUUAAACUCCUUUACUGUGUUAACCUCUACCACUUCAGCUGGAAGGCUAUUCCAUGCAUCCACUACCCUCUCAGUAAAGUAAUACUUCCUGAUAUUAUUUUUAAACCUUUGUCCCUCUAAUUUAAGACUAUGUCCUCUUGUUGUGGUAGUUUUUCUUCUUUUAAAUAUAGUCUCCUCCUUUACUGUGUUGAUUCCCUUUAUAUAUUUAAAUGUUUCUAUCAUAUCCCCCCUGUCUCGUCUUUCCUCCAAGCAGAUACAGUACUUACAAUGUCCCUUUAAUGACAUAGUGAAGGCUACAGAGGGAUCAAGAUAUUCGCACCCUUGAUGGCACAGGUCAGUUCUGACCAAGUCCUCAAGGCACGCAUAUUAAUUUGUCAGCGUGUUCCCUUACUCUUAAGAACUUUGUAUCAGCUAGGACUUUAACAAAAUGCAAAAAUAAAGAAGCAAUAAUAGGAUGUAGGGAUUUUAUUCUAAACAAUGUCCAUAUAAUUUGUGGGUUCCAGUCCUUUAAUUCUGUAAACUUAAUGAAUUUCUACUCUGGACUUGAGGCGUCAUGUUCUCCUACAAUCUUUGUAUAAACUUUGCAGAUAUUGACAGUUUGAUAAACUGAAUCUCAGUGAACCAUUAGUAAUUUUUGUCAGUUUUCAUUCACUUUUUAUCAGAAAUAUACGUCUUUUUCAGAGAUAUAUUGUGAUCAUCCGGUUUGACCAACGCAAAUGGCAUAUCCCACAUUGUAUAAAUAACUACUACUUCUGCUGAAAGUCUGUCCCACACACCUACUUAUAGUAAAAUUGUGUCAUGAUAUAGGCCUUAAAUUCCACGAAUUCAUUACCUUCCAGGUAUGUCCUUCUGCGCUAAUUAGCUCUGCUAUGUAAAAGGAGAUAAUCCUACUUUGUAAAACCCCUUCAUAUAUUUGUAAGCUUUUAUAACAUGCAUGGAUAGCAAGCUCUUUGGUUUAGAAGGGACCUUACUUGUUAAAUUACAUAUUUACAUCUAAUGAAAAUGCUGAAGUAUUCCUUCAAAUUCUAGUAAAACAGACUCUUAGGGUUUCCAAAGAUCAAACAUUUUGUAGUUGUUGUUUUUUUCAUUUGCAGUUAUUUUUAGAUCUUAGAUGCAAUUUUAAUUAAAUUAAUUUGAUAGACACUGAUCAUUGCCAGCUAACCAUAGCCCAGGGAGAGAUAGCGGAUGUUCCUGCUUAUGGACUAUUGACUCUUCAGUGUUAGUAGUGGAGGCGGGAAUCAGUGCCCCGUGAGCCCCAGGUAAUAAGACAAACCGCUCAAAAUGCACAAUGUAUGAGGCGCCACUUGUGACACCAUAACCAUUGCAGUGUGCUGCAGUGGUUAUGGUGCUUGAAGUGUUCCUUUAAACACUGCUACACAUCAGUUCAGCUAUUCUCUAAAAUGUUUACUUUUGUGUUUUUAAGUAUUUGUUAGGUUAUAGGUUGUACGGACUUGCAGUAAAGUGCGGUAUUAUUUAUUUGCCCCGUUUUUGUCUUGGUUUGCUGAGUAGACCAAACACCCUUACAUGGUGUGAAACCUCCCAAAUUAUUACCGUUUACAACAUUUUAUAUUGCAUGUCUCUAGGGCUCACUGCAACAUCGUGAUACCAAUAAGUUAAACAUUGUAGGCUGUGCAAUUAUCUAAACUGUUUAGGGCAUUGACACCUCUCUACCUCUGUUUGUGUCUAGUCUGAUUCACUAAGCUCUGGUAAAAUGGUGAUAGAUGUUUGGUGCUACAGUUACUGUUAUAUACUACAAAGUAAAUUAUUCCAUAUUAUCUGCAAAGGCUCAUAACAAGGUUGGGAGCAGAAAUCAAGUGAUCUCUCACUGUGAACUGUAAAUCCCAUUAACAUGUACCAAUCACCGAUUCAAUUCCUAAUAUCCACUACCAGUCACAAAGGGUCACAAACUGUAACUUGGAUCCACCGAUUUACCGAGGCUAGUUACAAUACAAGUGGUUAUUACCCUGGCUAUAAUCAAGUGGCUCACAAUUUUUUCAGGUUCAAGGCGCCGUUAAUAUUUCAAUAUUUUUCCAAGGCACCCCAAGUCAGAAUAUCUAAGUUGUAUAUUUGUACAGUGCUGCGGCAUAUACUGGUUCUAUAGUAUAAUGUACAGUGUUGCUUGUACACAGCUUUAGUGUUUUAAUACAGGGGUGUGUUUGUUUGUAAUGUUUGCGUCUGAUUGCAGCGGUGUGUUUGAAUGUAUUGUUCACUUUUAACCCCUUAAGGACCAAACUUCAGGGAUAAAAGGGACAUGUCACACAUGUCAUGUGUCCUUAAGGGGUUAAAUGUAAAUGUGCAUUUGUGUGAAGUUUUUUUAUUUGAGUGAAGGGUUUGUAUAUCAUUUUGGAGUUUGAAAUCAGCGGUGUGUUUGUGUAAUAUUUGUGUUAAAAUGCAGGAGUGUGUUUGUAUGUCGUGCUGAUGUUUGCUUGGAUGUAUACACAUACACUACCACAUACACAGAUAUACAUGCACAUUAACACACAGAUACAACUACACCGACACAUACACACAAAUUCAUAUAGACUCUGAGAGGUACACACACACAUAGAUUCACACACAUACACACACACACUGACACACGCACACACCUUAGCACAUGCAUACACAGACAUACACACACACUGACACAUACACACAUCUUAACACAUGCAUACACCAACAUACACACACACUGACUAAUACACACACUUUAACACACACAUACACUGACACAUACACACCAAACGCACACUCUGACACACAGAUACACGCACCAUGUUACACACAAACACUGACACAUGCACAAACCAUGACACAGAUAUGCACACUGACAUAAAAAACACACCCUGACACACACACAAACACUGACACAUGCACACACCAUGACAAAGGUACACACACUGACACAAAAACACACACCCUGACACACAAAUGCACAUACACAGAUGCACGGUCUGACACUGAGAUGUGUGCGCACAGAAGUGUGCACACACACAGCCACACACACAGCCACACACACAGAAGGACAUAGACAUAUAUAUACACACACAUACACACACACACAAUCUGACAAACACAUACAAGUGAUAAUUUUUAUAUAUGCAUCCACCAUCCUGUUAGCUUACCUUGUGUGUCCAGGAGGGUGGCUCGAUUGGAGGUCUGGUCCUGCUGCUGGCUGGUGGGAGUGAGGCGUCUGGAGCAGCUCUUCAUGCUCUGCUCCCCUCAUGCUGCCUCUGUAGCUGUCUCCUCUCUGCCCUGUGCUGUCUCCAUGCAUGAUGCUGGGAGGAAUUGACAGGCUGUCACUUCUUCCCAGCCUGCCACCACUACAGGGGCCCGGUCGCGGUCUUAAAGAGCCACCCGACUGGGCCCCUGUUCAACAGAAAUGUUUUGCAGUGCUAUAAUCAUUGCACCGUUGAAACAUUUCCCGGUGCUGCUGUGUGCCCGUCGCUGCCCCACGGCACACAGUUUGGGAACCGCUGCGAUAAUCUAUUGUUUAUGUUUAACCCCUUAAGGACCAAACUUCUGGAAUAAAAGGGAAUCAUGACAUGUCACACAUGUCAUGUGUCCUUAAGAGGUUAAGGUACUCUCUAUGCAAAGUUUAAUAUCAGUAAGCAAAGGACUAAUACUCUAAAGAGCAAAUUGUGAUGAGUUGAUAACUAACUAACAAAAUUGGGCCAGUAUAAAAUUGCACAAAUUGAUCAGAUCUGCUUUUUUGGAUUUAUAGUAAUUUUUUCAAGUCAGUUAUUAAAGUUGCACAGCUCAAAUGUUAAUGGAUAAACAUUAUAUCACCCUGAGUACUGUAUGUUUUGAUAAUGUUUUUUUUUUUUUAUAGAGAACCAACAUAUUUUGUAGUGCUGUACAAAUGUUAGACCGCGCAAAAAGCCCUGCAUUACUGAGGAUGAUUUAGUAUAGGCCUUUUAUCUAGUAGACAGCCACUAGAGGUGGAGUUAACCCUGCAAGGUAAUUAUUGCAGUUUAAAAAAACGACAAUAAUUACACUUGCAGGGUUAAGAGUUGUCACCCAGACCACUUCAAUUGACAGAAGUGGUCUGGGUGCCUGGAGUGUCCCUUUAAUUAAGUAGUUUUGGUGUAUAGAUCAUGCCUCUAUGUAAUCACUGCUCAAUUCUCUGCCAUUUAGGAGUUGAAUCACUUUGUUUAUACAGCCCUAGGCACACCUCCCUGCCUGUGACUUACACAUCCUUCCUUUACACUUCCUGUAAAGUGAGAUCUAACGUUUAAACAUCCUAAUAGCAAAUUCUGUUUAAUGUAUAAUUUAUUAUCUUGCGCUUCGUUAAUAGCUUGCUAGAUCCUGUAAUUGCCUUGUGUGUGCGAUUAAAGUUAAAUUGACAUACUUAACAUUAAAGUAAGUUAAGAUUGGAUUGAACAUGAAGCCAUUUUUUUUUCUUGUAGACUGUGUCAGUCCCAGCCAGGGGAGGUGUGGCUAAUUCUGCAUAAACAGAAAAAAAGUGAUUUAAGUCCUAAUUGAGCAGGGAGAAUUCUUCAUUAACCCCUUACUGACCAGACCGUUUUUCAAUUUUCCUACCGUUAAGGACCAGGGCUGUUUUUACAUUUCUGCGGUGUUUGUGUUUAGCUGUAAUUUUCCUCUUACUCAUUUACUGUACCCACACAUAUUAUAUGCUGUUUUUCUCGCCAUUAAAUGGUCUUUCUAAAGAUAUCAUUAUUUUCAUCAUAUCAUAUAAUUUACAAUAAAAAAAAUAUAGAAAAUAUGAUGAAAAAAUAUAAGAACACACUUUUUUGAACUUUGACCCCCAAAAUCUGUUACGCAUCUACAACUGCCAAAAACACCCAUGCUAAAUAGUUUCAAAAUUUUGUCCUGAGUUUAGAAAUACACAAUGUUAACAUGUUCUUCGCUUUUUUUUUUGUGGAAGGUUAUAGGACAAUAAGUACAAGUAGCACUUUGCAAUUUCCAAACCGUUUUUUUUUUUUUCAAAAUUAAUGAAUUACAUUGUAACUCUGAUAUCUGUCAGGAAUCCCUGAAUAACCCUUCACAUGUAUAUAUUUUUUAAAAGAAGAAAACCUAAGGUAUUAAACUUGGGGUAUUUUGACUGUUUUCAUGAAACCAUUUUAACACCAAUCGAUGUAAAAAAAAACAACAAAAAAAUGAAAUUUUUUUACACACAUAGCAAUUUAAAAAUACAUGUACUGAGAACUUUAAGGGUUACUGCCAAAGAACACCCCAAUAUGUGUUCAGCAACAUCUCCCGCACACAGUGAUACCACCCAUGUAUAGGUGUGUCACAAACUCUGGCCAAAGUUAGCAUUUUUAUUAGUUUUUUUGCAUUUCUUUAAAACAAAAACUGCACUUUUACAGGUGAUAUCAUGGUCGUGAUAAGUUUUACUUUUUAAAACACUCCUUAGUAGCAUCUUGUGUAAGAAAUGGGUGGAUGCGGGUUAUGUUUUUAAGGUGGAAUCUACAGGAUUUGAUAACAGACUGAAUGUGAGGCUCAAAUGUGAGGCCAGAAUCAAGUUUAACGCCAAGACAGCGCACUUGCAAGGAUGGACUAAUGUGGUACCACUCACUUGAAGGGAGAGCGAAACAGGGAGAUCAGUAUUAGGAGGAGGAAAGACAAGGAGUUCAGUUUUAGAGAGAUUGACUUUCAAAAAGUGGGAGGACAUCCAUUCAGAUAUGGAAGAAAGGCAAGCAUUGACAUGAUGCAGGACGGCAGGGGAGAGGUUCGGGGAGGAGAGGUAUUUCCGAGUGUCAUCAGCGUACAGGUGGUAGUGGAAUCCAAAUGAGGUAAUAAGUUUGCCAAGAGAGGCAGUAUAAACAGAAACUAGAAGGGGUCCAAGUACAGAGUCUUCAGGGGACUCCAACAGAGACAGGGCGAAGGGAGGAGGUAUCAUUAGAAAAGAAGACACUGAAUGAGCAUUGGGAGAGAUAGGAGGAAAACCAAGAGAGGACAGAGUCACAGAGACUGAGUGAUUGAAGAGUUUGGAGAAAGAGAACAUGGUCAACAGUGUCAAAGGCAGCAGAGAGGUCAAGAAGAAUUAGUAUAGAGUAAUGCCCUUUGGAUUUAGCAGUGAUUUGGUCGUUAGUGACUUUAAUAAGAGCAGUCUCAGUAGAGUGGAGAGGGUGGAAGCCAGACUGAAAAGGGUCAAGGAGAGAGUUGGAAUUGAGGAAGCAAGUCAGACAGGUAAAAACAAGUCUUUCCAGAAGCUUUGAGGAAAAAGGGAGCAGGGAUAUUCUUCACUCAAACAUGAUGAUCUUAGCAAAUCCAAUGCUUUCCCAUAGGAAAGCACUGGGAGGCUAUUAUGCAUGUGUGGCAAAAAACUGUACGGCAAAUCAGCAUUUUCAUGGGGAGCGUUCAGCGCCUCCAUGCAGAUCUAAUCUAAUACACUGCCCCCUCCCACAUUCUAAUACACUGUCACAAAUCCAAUACAUUGCCCCCUCCACCCAAUCUAAUGCAUUGCCCCUUAAUCUCAUACACUCCCUACCGCCCUCAACUCUAAUUUAAUACACUGCCCCUCCCUACACCAAUUUAAUACACUGCCCUCUCACGCCCCAAUUUAAUACACUGCAUUGCCCCCAAAAUAAUACACUGCCCCCUCCACCCAACCUAAUGCACUUCCCCUUAAUCGAAUACCCUGCCCCCUCCCACAUUCUAAUACACUGUCUACCUCCCUCAACUCUAAUUUAAUACACUGCCCUCUCACCCCUCAAUUUAAUACACUUCCACUACCUUAAGAUGAGCCGCCCAUCCUCCAGUUCCCUCUUCUCUGCUCAAGCAAGGGGGAGUGGCUGGCACUAUGAGCAGGAGGGAAGGGGGAGUGGCUGGCACUGCGAGCAGGAGGGAAGGGGGAGUGGCUGGCACUAUGAGCAGGAGGGAAGGGGGAGUGGCUGGCACUGCGAGCAGGAGGGAAGGGGAAGUGGCUGGCACUAUGAGCAGGAGGGAAGGGGGAGUGGCUGACACUGCGAGCAGGAGGGAAGGGGGAGUGGCUGGCACUAUGAGCAGGAGGGAAGGGGAGUGGCUGGCACUGUGAGUUGAGGGAAGGGAGUGGCUGGCAUUAUGAGCAGGAGAGGGAGAGAGUGGCUGGCACAGAGCAGGAGGAAGGUGUGGCUGCCACUGUGAGCAGGAGGGAGGGGGAGUGGCUGGCACUGCGAGCAGGAGGGAAGGGGGAGUGGCUGGCACUGCGAGCAGGAGGGAACGGGGAGUGGCUGGCACUGCGAGCUGGAGGGAAGAGGGAGUGGCUGUCACUGCGAGCAGGAGGGAAGUGGGAGUGGUUGUUAAAGCGAGCAGGAGGGAAGGGGGAGUGGCUGGCACUGCGAGCAGGAGGGAAGGGGGUGUGGCUGCCACUGUGAGCAGGAGGGAAGGGGGAGUGGCUGGCACUCCGAGCAGGAGGGAAGGGGGAGUGGCUGGCACUGUGAGCAGGAGGGAAGGGGGAGUGGCUGGCACUCCAAGCAGGAGUGGCCGCGGGAGCACGCCAUCGGCAGUGGGAGGGAAGACAAGAAUCAGACAGGAAAGAUCUUUCCUGUCUUGCGGCUGGUCACAGCCACAGCACAAAACAGCCCCAGGGCAGGUGGCCGCAGAGAUGUUUAUUGUGGGCCGCAUAUGGCUCACAAGCGCAAGUUUGACAUGCUUGAAAUAGAAUGUCAGGAAUACAUGUUUGUUAGUGUUCCUUUUAGCUAAAGUAGUUUUGAUGCCUAUAGUAAUACAUUAUUACUAUUUUUAUUUGCAUUUAUAUAAUGCCAACUAUUACAUUUACAUUAUUAUUAAAAUUAUUAUUACUAUUGGUAUUUAUAUAGCACUAAUUUACUCCGCAGCACUUUACCAUAUGAUAAAGAGGAAAUGUAAAAAUAGAUGAGACAAUUAAAACAAAAUGUUACAGUAACACUAGGUUGCUGAGGACCCUACUCAAACAAGCUUACAAGCUAUAGAUUUAUAGUACCUGGAGUACCGAAGCAGUGUACAUUGAGAAUAUAGAAGGCAAACAAACCUGACAAACAUGGUGAAAAUCAAUGAGAUAAACAGAAAGUCAGUGUGGUGAUGUCCUGCUUUAAAGGGACACGCUAGACUUCUAAAGCACGUUAGCCUUCCUUUCUUUCAAUCAGACAACGGGUGUUACUUCCUGGUUUGGUUAGCUUGGUUGAAAAAAGCUCAAGAGAUGGGCAAUUGCUCAGAGCACCUGCUUUGCAAAGACUUCAAACUGAGUUGUAUUAGAAAGUCUGUGAUUGGACAGCCACAGAAAAUAUGGGCCGGGUUAGAAGGGGAGGGAUUGCAAAGGUUGUAGACAAGAUAUCUGCACUUUUUGCAAGCUUUUUAGACAGGCAAUCCCUGACAGACACAAUCUCACUGAUUUGAAACAUGCACUGACAGACACACUUGCUGACACAUACUCACUGACAGACACACCGGCACACUCUCAAUGACAGACACAACUCACUGAUAUAAAACAUACUCCCUGACAUACACUCACUGACAGUCACACACUUUCUCUGAGAGCCACAUACAUUCUCUGAUUUGACAUACACUGGCAGACACACACUCACUGACAAAUACACAGACACACACACUCUGAAUGACAGAUUCACAAUCUCGCUGAUUUGAAACACACUUAUUGACAGACACACUCACUGACAGACACACAAUGUCACUGAUUUAAAACACACACUGACAGACACACAUACACAUUGACAGACAUUCUUACUGACACACACACACUCACUCACUGAAAGACACACUCCAGAUGACAGACACACUCUCAAUGACAGACACACACUCUCAUUGAUUUGAAAAAAAGUCAAUGCCAGGCACACAUAUACACACUUACUGACAGACAAACUGGCACACACUCUUAAUGACAGACACACACUUUCACUGAUUUGAAAAACACUCACUGACCAAGCAGGAUAAAUAUAUGGGAGGGGGAUAUAUGGUGGCAUUGUGGGUGCAAUAGUGGCUGUAGUGUGAGUGGAUAACGGCUGCAUUGUAGGGUACGUUAAAAGGUGCUUUAAUGUGUGGAAUAGGAGAGGUAUUGUGUGGGAUAGGGGAUUUAGAGAGGGGUAAUACUGUGGGGUAUGGGGCUUUAUUGUGAUUGGGACAGGGGUCAUAUUGUGGGGUAUUGAUUCUUUAGUGUGGGUGACAAAGGCAGUAUUGUGGGGGGUUGGGGCUUUAGUAGGGAAGGGGGAUAGGAACACUAUUGUGGGCAUUGGGGCUUUAGUGUGGUGGGAUAGGGGCAGCUUUGUACAAGAUAAGUGCUUUGGUGUGGGGGAUAGGGGUAGUUUUGGGGGUUAGAUGAAGUAUUGUGGGGGAUUAGGGCUUUAGUUGGGGGAUUGGGGGAAGUAUUGUGGGCACAGACAUACAUAGUAAAACACACUCAAAAACACUGAGACGAACCACAGACACAAUCUCACACACCCACAGAUAUUUUUUGGGCCACCCACUCCUUGCUUAUAGGAGAACUGGAGCGAUCCACAACCUGGGCGGCAGUUGCACUCCUCUGAGUACAGCCCCCUCACCCUCUUUGAGAUGGUGCCUGGGUUGGAGUGACGUCACAUUCCGGCUCCCGGCACCUCUACAGGGCGUGCAAAGGUGUUGUACAGGCAAAGCUGUUAUAGAUAGGAGCUCCCUCAGAGGAGUGCCGCAGCAGCUCACAGGAAUGACCAGCCAUACAACCCCAGCGAGUAGAGUUUAAGCAUGCGUGGGAUAGGCAUAAGGCUAUCCUAACUAUAAGAUAAGGCCAGGUACUAAUGAAAGUAUUUAGAAAAUUGGGCAGACUAGAUGGGCCGAGUGGUUCUUAUCUGCCCUCACAUUCUAUGUUUCGAUGUUUCUAUGUUCAAAGUAUGCAGCAGGCUGACACUCGGUGCCGGGCAGCAUAUUUCAAGUAGCUGUUUGGCACCAAGAAAAAGGAAACACAAAGCUGUGCUAAAAGACUGAGGAGCCACUCACCUAGUGCACAGGAACUGGUGGGUCUGGAUGGCAUCUCAUUGGGGGGGGUGGCCGUGGCUCCUUCUUGCCCCCCAGCAACUCCACUGCCUUGGGGGAAAUCUAAGGUGGCCAGCCGGCCACCUCCUGGGCCCCCUGUGCUAGCCCUGGUCCCUUUAAAAACACUUUCUAAUUGUCAGCUUUUCAUGCAGAAAUAUUACAGAAAUUAAAAUUUGUUGGAGUUUGGACCAGUCGGGUGAUCCUCCGCAUGUCUGCUUUACAAACCGCCGUGUAGACUAAUUACGAAACAAACGACUUGGACGCAAUGGACAAGCACGUUCAUUAGAUUUGUGAUUCAGAGUUCUGCCCAUGACACCAAAAAAAUUGAUGAUUGGUGGGAAAAAAAGAUGACUGAUGUCUAGCGGACAUUCGCUAAAUGUUACUUUUACUCACAGAUCCCGUGAGAAAUGACCAAAAGAGCGAAAAAAGGAGCAGUGAAAAAAUGUAUACAUAUAUAUAAUUUAUUUAAUUAAAGUAUAUUAAUAUAUAGACAGAUGUAAUACUGCUCAUCUUCUUUCUCGUCUCGCUUGAUCUGUGAUGCAAAUGGCGUGUAACAGGCUCCUAUCGGUGUUCUGUUAAAUAUAUACAUAAUAUUUACAUUAUCUGUAUUUUGCCGUGAACUGGUCCAUUUUCACACCAUUUUGGUUUGUGUUUUCCUGAAUCUUCUACGGUGGAUAAAAUUCUGACUAACUAAAACAAGUUUUUACGCCAUACACAAGGCUAAAGGGUGCCUCAAAGCACUUUUCACAGUAGCAAAAAGGACAUAAAAGUUGUGAAUAUCACAGACGCACGAUCGUCCUGCAAGUCUUGUAAAAUGUGAUCUCUGUGUGGUUUCAUGAUGUUUUCCCAUCAGUGCACAUCUGCUAGACAGCAGGGAGGCAGGAACUAUCAUUCACAUCAGGAAUGACAACGAGGAGGUACUCAUUCCAGUGUUCAUAUUUAUUCUCGUGGAGCAAUUUUCAUGGAAAAGACAUGGACGUUUUGAGCAAAAAUGAGUACUCGGCCACAAUGGACUUUUCACUGUUACAGCACAGACAUUGUGCCCGAAAUACGCAGCAUAAGAAAAUAAUAAUCUAAACUGCAUGCAAGUUACAGCAAUAACUUACCGAGAAAUGUGUUAUAUAGAAAGAACCCCAGAUGCACACUAUAUGAUAAUCGCUCACAGACUGAGAGUGACAUGAACAUGGUGCAUUCCUAAUGCACUAAUAAUACCUUCCCUCUAACACCACUAGCACUAAGACCUGGCGGCGGGCUCACAUCCUGCGGUUAACAUAAAUUAAAACAGGCAGAGUCCCAUAUAAGGAUAUCAGGAUAUUUCCUUUAAAAUGUCUUAGUUCCUGUUCAAAGAAGCAAAGUUUCCAGAGACGCUCCCUGCAUAGGAUCAGCAAGGAAUAGUGAUGAAUGAAUUCAAGAGUCUUUCAAAAUUAUUUCUUAAACAAAUCAAUAAUCAACUCAUCUUCUACUGCAGAUAAGGUAAAGAGAUCAUCACCCCAUCUUCCAUUCAUAGUGCACGCCAAUUAUUUAAUGAUGCGUUGUGCAGUACAUUUCAAUGUUUCAUAAAUAUUUAAGUCAAAGCUACAAGUUUGUUAUGACGUACUCUGGCAGUUACAUAGUUAACUUGCAUUGUUGAACUUGCAACUAAACUGCAUUAUAGAUAUAGCGUUAACGUAAGCAGAGAAUAUGUACUUUGUAUCUGUCACUAGGACUCUUGUAGGAUAUUGUUAGUGUAUGACCUAACUCCUGAAGUACCAGGACACCAUAAGACUUUUCAACAGUUAUACUUUGAUUUAACUCCUUAAAGGACAAUGUAAUCUUUAUGUCAACAUCACAAUUUAUUUUGCAAUAUGAUUCUUUUUGAUACGAUCCAUUUGAUAAGAUCCAAUUGUUGACUGCACAGACCGACAUUGGUCCUUAAGGGGUUAAAAUAAUUCACCUCUUCCCUAAGACUGGGAAAGUUACAAGGAUGGUGAUAAUGUGUUAAGAAAGAGAUAAUUCACAGUUUGUAAACUGGAGCUUGGAACGGAGUGAGCUGUGGGAAGUGACCGUGCGUACAGACAGCCCAGGAAUAAUUGGGAUAUAUAUGGAGAGAGAUUCUGGGACAACAUUAUUAGCCUGCAGCAGUCUCCAUGGAAACCUACAGAAUGUUGUUGCUGAUUGCUCCACUUUCUCGCAAAUGAAUCUUUAUCCAGAAUUCCGUCAGUUUCUCUGCAAAUCCAAUCACUGCUUAUAACAUGCUGGAGUCUCUAUGUAAGCAGAUACCCAGCCAGAGAGGGCUAUACAUCCUAAGACAGACUUUAAAAGGAGUCACUUAAAGACAUAAUGGGAGGAAUGGAUUGUACACAAACAGAGUAAUAGUUUUGUUGUUAUGGUACCCUUACAUUAUGCAAUCCUUGUGCCACUGUACCAUUUACAGACAACCAUCCACAGGGCAUCCAUCCUAAGGCAGGGGCCCAGAUUGCACUUGUGGUAUUGCUGAAUCUGAUAUGUUAUUUCUGAUUGAAGCAAAAUAAAUGCAAGGAGCUGAUUCGAUUGCGUGAUCUCUGCAGGUCGUUUUAUCUAUAGUUUCUGAGAAUAUUUAGAAUUAUGUUAAAUAAAAAAUAAAAAUGGUCUACUAAAUCAAAUCACGAAAUACACAGUGAUUUUAAAUUAAUUAUACCAAGCAAAAUACGGGACUUUUGUUAAAAUGGCAUAUUUAUUGUUCAAAGUGAGUGGCAGCUUUUACUGUGCGCUGAGUUAUUUGUUUAGCUGUUGUUCAGCGAUGCGGACUAUGUUGGUGCUUUAUAGAUUAAUCAAAUGCUUUCAGAAAAUUCUUCCACUGGAAAGCAAGACUUCUAUUUGAGUUAUUCUCUGUUGCUUCUAGUUCCCUGGGGGAGAGCUAGAAACGUUUGUGAUUUAAUUCCCAUGAUGAUUAUUAUGUUUUCUCUGAAAAUGUCCAGUUUUCGAGAUUGUUUGCCAUAUUUGUAACCCUUUCACAGCCACUAGUUAAAGGGAUUCUACAGUGUAAGGAAUAUGAAGUUGUAUUACUUUCACUAUAGUGCCCCCUGGGUCCUCCUCCCUCGCCCUCCCCUUCACCCCUCCAGCACUGCAAAAAAAACCUUUAUUUACUCACCCUAUUCCAGCGCCAAUGUCCCUCGGUGCUGGGUCGGCACUCUGCCUCUUCCAAUGUCUCGCGCAAGAGCAUUAGGCCCUCCCCGUAGGAAAUUAUUGCCUAAAUGCUUUCCUAUGAGGAUUUUACUGAAGCUGUAAGUCAACAAGCAGAGCAUUGAGAACGUCCAGCACAGUUUGGGCAACCUAAGGUCCGGUACACUCCCGGUAGACAGUCACUAGACGCAGGCUUAGUACUGCAAUGUAAACAUUGUAGUUUCCCGAAAACGGCAAUUUUUUACUUUGCAGGACUAAGGAGACAGAGACAUUGCACCUAGAGCACUUUAAUUAGAUUAAGUCUAUAGGUCUGGAUGUCUAUAGUGUCCCUUUAAAGAGUUUGUGCAAAGAGAACCAUUAAAACAUUUAAUCUAAUAAUUUUAGUUUUCAAUCUUUAGUAAUCCUUGAAGCAUUCCAUUUAGAACACGAGAGGGGAAUGUAUUCCAAUUUCUUGUUACUGAAAGGGUUAAGACAAGGAUUGAUAAAGUGUAAAUGUUCAGCUGAUGAUAAACUACAAUUAUUACUCCCCCAGCACGAGUUCUAAAACUAUGACUGACACUCAAUCAGUUAUUAAGGGGAAAUUCUAACAGUAUAAAUACAAACAUGUGUUUCUAGCAUUGGAAUUUGUACCUAGUGGUUUAGAUUUAUGGGCCCCCUCUGAGAUGAAAAUACAUACAUUUUAAUUGCCUUUAUUCCCUUGCUGUGGCCACCUACCCGCCCCUUGGUGAGAUCAUACUUAUGAUGGAGAAGACUGCGCAGAGUAGCAGAGGGGGGGCUUCUGCGCAUGUACCUCACUGUGUCAAUCAGUGCUUCCCCUAGUGGUGUAUGUAUACCAAUACAUCUCAAUAGGAAACGUUGUACGUCUUCAUGCCCGGCCUGGGAGGACGAUAAACGCCAAUUCUGCAAACUUUCUCUAUUGGCUGUCUAAAAGUGUUCUUAGGGGUAAAUUGCACAGACAGAAUAGAUAGUAUUUACAAUGCCGGGGAUAUAGGGACAAGCUUGUUGCACCAAAACAAAUUAUUUAUAUAGCGCUAACAUAUUUCACAGCACUGUACAAUAGGUAAAACAAGACAAUUCUAGCAAAACACAUUUGACAAAGAGUAGGUAACUAGGGCCCUGCCCAAACAAUCAUUAAUCUAAAAGUACAUGACGCUGCGUUUAGAAUGGUGACAGAUGGACUGGCGGAGGCUUCUAACAGAAAGAGGAUAAUGCACACAAUACAAGGGAGCCAUUCCGCCAGGGUGGCGAGAAUAAGGGGGGCAAAUCCCCAAAAUACCACGCCAUGUUUCACAAGAAUCCAGGCACACCUAGUGGUUGCUUCAAAAAGCCAUCCUCUUAUUCAGGAACAAAAUGCAAAAGCAAUGUUUCGGCUCUUACAUGAGUGUUUGUCACGCCUGGUGGAGGCUGUCUGACUAUAGUUUAGAGUUUGUAGAUCAUUUUUAAAAAAAUCAAAAAACUGAACAUUAACCCCAUUCACUACCUACAAAGUAUAUGCUGUCCAUGGUAUCUGUUUCACAGGAUCAAAGGGCACACAGCACAAUAAAUCUAGACAGAUUGAACUCUGCUCCAGCCCUGGUCCUGGCCUUUAUGAGAUACUAAUUUGGGAGAGAGGCCCUGUAAAUGGUGCCCCCCCUUUCCACCUCCUGCACACAGGACAGCAUGGAUAAAUGUUCGAUAAUAUGAAUUUCCAAGCAUGCCAACAGAUUCCUUACAAAUAUCCGUAACUCGAGUAUGUGACCAUUCGUGUUUUUUAUAUUUAAUUAGUUUUUACAUAUUUUAAGUAUACUGUUAGAUAUUAAUAAGUGAUACUGCAUAAUCUCUAAUAAUUAAAACCUCAUAAUGCUUCCGUAAAUAGAGGACAAAUAAAAAAACUGCCCUUAAUGAAUGCAUAUUUUGGAUAUUUCACAAUAAUCGAAAUCUAUAUACAGCUGCUCCUGUGUCCUACUUUUAUGUGCUGGUUAUUCGUCAAACAACAAAACCUGAAUGAGUUACCAUAAAACCCAUCUAAACCAAGAUUAUUGUAUGUCAGAAAGGAGAAGAUUAGUUGUUUUCUGUAAAACCUGGGCUAGUAGCCAUGACAGCAGGAUUGUAGGAUUGUGAGAGACAGCUAGGGACUUUCCAUGGAAACCUUGGAUUCGGUAGGUUUGGUUUCUCAAAGAUAAGCAGCUGAUCCCCAUCUUUGUCUCAAGUCCAAUAAAGUAAUCGAUCAUUUAAGCAUUCUUUAUUACAGUAACCCUUCUUCUUUUUUGACAGGGGUCCAACUGAUAUAAAUUGCACUCGCUUGGUAGCUUAAUCUUAAUUUGGAGAAAAAAUUGCUCAUCCACCCAUUCUUCAAUCAUAGAAUUAGCUAAGUGACACAUGUUUGGAUUGUGAGAUUACCUAAAUAACCCACUCUUUGAUCAUAAACUUUGUUUAAAAAUCCAUAACUCAGUUACAUAGAUAGCUGUUUGAGCCAUUCCUUAACUCACAAAAUCAUCAGCUGUUAUAUACCCGUAUAUACUCGAGUAUAAGUCGACCCGAAUAUAAGUCGAGACCCCUAAUUUUACCCCAAAAAACUAGGAAAACGUAUUGUCUCGAGUAUAGGACUAGGGUGGGAAAUGCAGCAGCUACUGGUAAAUUUCUAAAUAAAAUGAUAUCCCCAAAAAAUUAUAUUAAUUGAAUAUUUAUUUACAGUAUGUGUAUAUAAUGAAUGCAGUGUGUGUGUGUGUGUGUGUGUGUGUGUGUAUAAUGCAGUUUGUGUGUAUGAAUGCAGUGUGUGUGUGUAUGAGUGUAGUGUGUGUGUAUGAGUGUAGUGUGUGUGUGUAUGAAUGCAGUGUGUGUGUAUGAAUGCAGUGUGUGUGUGUGUAUGUAAUGCAGUGUGUUUGUAUGAAUGCUGUGUGUGUGUGUGUGUGUGUGUGUGUAUGAGUGCAGUGUGUGUGUAUGAGUGCAGUGUGUGUGAAUGAGUGCAGUGUGUGUGUGUGUGUGUGAGUGCAGUGUGUGUGUGUAUGAGUGCAGUGUGUGUGUGUAUGAAUGCAGUGUGUGAUGCAGAGUGUGUUUGUGUGUGUGAUGCAGAGCCCUGGUGGGGGGGUGGGCAUUUUUAUUAAUUUUUUUUAAUUAUUAUUAUUAUUUUAAUAUUAUAAUUUUUUAUAUAUAUUAUUAAUAUUUUAUAUUUAUUUUAUUAUUAUUUAAAUUUUUAUUUAUUUAUAUUUUUUUCGUCCCCCCCUCCCUGCAGAGAGCUGUAACUUACCUUUCCUGCAGCUCCUGUCAGCUCCCUUCUCCUCUGUUCCGGUCAGCUCCACUGUAAGUCUCGCGGUCUGAGUGUCGCAACGCUCUGACCCCGCGGCUCUCACGAGACUUACAGGGGAGCUGACCGGACCGGAGGAGAGAGAAGGGAGCUGACAGGAGCUGCAGUAAAGGUAAGUAACAGCUCGCUGCCAGCCCCCAACAGGACCGCCAGGCUUGUAAUGAGCCCGGCGGUCCUUGUCUGUAUUAUGGCAAUGUAAGUUGCCAUAAUACAGACACUGACUCGAAUAUAAGACGAGUGGGGGGUUUUCAGCACAAAAAAUGUGCUGAAAAACUCGUCUUAUACUCAAGUAUAUACGGUAUAUUAUAAAUAACUGUUAUGCAUCACCUGCACUUUGAGGGGUUCUCCUUGCACCCAGAAACUCAAGGAAUCAUGUUUUCAAUGCUAUCCCAGAGUUCCCAGCUUGACAUGUAAAUGAACCCACUCAGGUAUCGUGUUUUGGAUUUCAUAUUGUAUUUCUGCAAGUACCCUUAGCAAUGGAUGCCGUUUUCAAUGCAGUUUUUUUUAAGCCAUAGCAUGGGCUGUGAUUCAGAAGGACCCGUGACCAGAAACCGGCCUAGGACUGAAGUUUCAACUUUUCAGUCCCACCAGCAUGGUGCCAGUUCUGGUCUGAAAAUAUCAAACCUGCAGUCCGUGGCUGGCUUGUGGUCACUGGUCCUUUUGGAUCAUAGUCCGUGCUAUUUAUUCCAUCCUAGUUAUUAUCAUUCCAUUAACCAGUAAUGCUACAACUCUCAAUAUUCUCAGCCAGCCAAUAACGUAAACUGUUUUAACUUUGGAUAUUGGAAUGUAUAGCCCCUAUUGUAACAUUUGCAAUCUUCUUUAUACUAUAUGUGAUAAUAUGUCACGUGACCUUCAUUUUACUUAUGUGUCCAUUCAUCCAUUUGUUUGUAAAAAUAAAAGAUAUAUAAUUAUAUUAACAUUUUUACAAACUGCAAUGUUUAGGGCAAUGUUAUAUACACAGUUUAGACCAAAAUAGAUAAAACUUAAUUUAAAAUUCCUUAAAAUGUACACUUUGAGUACCCCGUAGGUGUCAUAUUACCAAUUGGAAGACUCCCUUGUGGCCAUGAACGUGUUUCUGUAUCCAUCCACAGACAUUGUCUGUUAUUAAUGCUGAUGCAGUAAACUGCCAUUAUCUUUCAUGGAUUCCAGUCCCAUUAUGAAUUAUCUGAGUAUCACUCUAAAUGAUGCUUCAUUGGCACGCAUGCUCAAUUGCGCGUUUGGCUGCACUAUUUGGAAAUUGAUGGGAUCUCUCCCUGUCCCUUUAAAUACCUUCUGAACCAGGACCCCAAUUACUUUUUUAAGAACUUGUUUACAUAUUUUAUUAUUCUGUUCUCCGAUUCACAAGGCUUGAAGUUUAUUUUCACACUGAGCUUUUUUGAAGCCCCAAAUCUUAUUUAGAAGAAUAGACCAUGAUUACCCAGUCAGAUAUCCUUUUUGCUUCCUCUGAGGUAUUUCAUUCAGCACAGCCAUCACCGAAUACGUAAUGGUAUUUCAUUUUAUAUAUUAAUUUGUCAGAUUCUGGCUUAUGCGUCAUAAAUUUGGGUCUCCAUUAUUCCGGACACCUUGUCCACCAGUUGUCCUAAAGCAGACAGGUUGAUCUAUUGUUCGUCUUUAGUCUCACAAGAUGUUGGCAUGGUAUGUGGCCAUCUUGUAUUAGGUUAUAUGAAAACCAUGUGACAGGUACCUCCCGUCACAUGACUGUUCUACAUGCUGAGGAAUACAGAAUGUGGACACAUAGUUACAAUUUACUCUGGGUUCUUGUGGGAAGGAAUCUACAGAGGGCAGCUGCUCUGAUUGCCCCCCUAAAUUAAGUCAUUAUGAUACUAGGACUUAUUAUAUUAAUUAAGAUGGCUUUUAAAUGUGUAAAGUAUUUUGAUGGAACCAAAACUAAUACAUACUAAAAAUCACACAUAAUAUCCAUAGGUUACAGCAAGUAACAAUGUCAUUAUCAUAAUAAAUAGCAACAUCAAAACACGGAAAAUCAUACAUAGAGAUAUGUGAUAGAUAUCUUAUUGUGAUACAAAAAACAAGAAAUCUAUCCCAAAAAAAACGCAGAGCAAAGAAUACGAAUAAUUUAGUGAGAUUUACAUACUCAAAAGCAAUGACAACCACCACCUAUAGCAGAAAUGGGAGCAGAUAUACAGCGUGUAUAAAACAUCCUCCUAUAUUUUGGCAAGUAGUCUUUCUUGCCCAUUGUGAAAAACUAUGGAUUUUUUUUUAUUUUCUAUGUUUUCGAUUUCGCUAUGAUAAUGACAUUGUGACUCUAUUCCAUACGGAUAUGAAAGGGUUACUCCAGCCCACUGUAGUGGUUAUGAUGGAAGGAGUACCCUGGCUCCCUAACCCACUAAAGGGGACCACCAAAUUGUAACGCUUUGCCCUCUUACAUGAGUCCCCGGGCUCUAGCUCUUCUUUAGAGGCCGAUUCAGUGCAUCCAGCAUCUGCCGAUCCUGCUGCUCAUUGAUUGGCUGAGAGCAUCUGUGGAUCGAAAUUUGUACAGAAUCGACAUUAGCCAGCAUGGAACUGUUAUUCUUGGCUAGCAAAUAACACUGUCAGAAGUGGAGUUAUACCUUUAACUGUGAUUUUUAACUUGUAUUCAAAAUAAAAAUAAAUAAAUUAAAAACAUGUCUUUACAUAUAUGAGUUCCUAUGUUUCGAUAUAGCUUAAAUAAAAAAAAUAUAUAUAUACACAAAUAUAUCACAUAGCAUUUAAUCCUUUAGUUUCUGAUGGUACUAGUUCAUAUGACAACAUUUUCAACGACAGCAGGUCUGUUUAACAUCCCUUUCACAAAAACCGUACAUGUGAACUCAUGAUGUUGAUUUUAAUAUAAAGCUAAAAAAAAUAACUGCAAAUCACUGGCAAGCAAUAUAUCACUGCUUAUUGCAUUUAAAAAUAAAUGAAGGAAGUUUUGAAAGAGACAAGUUUCUUCUUGUUGGGUGACUGUUCUCAAUCAACGAAUAAUGUGACCUGAAAAAUGAUAAUGACUUUCAUUUCCCUCCUUCGAAAGAUAAUAUAGGGUUUAAAGAACAAUGCAUUGAAUUUAAAAAACACUAAAGAACACGUGACAUUGAUCACGGAAAACACCUAAACAAAAUGUUUUAGAUUGCAAGCUCAUUUGGGCAGGGCCCAUCGUCUGUUGUUCCUGCAUGUCAGACUUGUUUUGUUUGAAUUGUUUGUCUUGUUUCACCUAUUGUACAGCAUUAUGGGAUAUGGUGCCGCUAUAUAAAUAAUUGAAAUGUCAUCCUCUUACAGUUCAGAAAUCUUUCUCUUUAAUCACUAGCGUAUAUUCUUUUGCCGAAUUUUUCUUUUUUAUAAUAUCAUUCGACACAUUUUGUGCCGGCUUCUACUAGGAAAACAGCACAAAAGCUGAUUUGAGUGUAGUAAUUUUUAUCAUCGAUGCUAUUGCAGAACAUUUUCGUCAAAUCGUAAGUCGAUAUUUACACUACCUUUAGUACAUGAAACGUGCUGCGAUCAGCGUUUGUGGUGAUCUUCUAUCUGAAUACUACAUUGCGCAUGCGAAAAGGCGUUGAUAUACCGUUUUAUUCUGUUUUCCUGUGAAUGCAUUUUACAAGCAUCUGGUGUGUAUGCUGGUGGUCAAUACACUAUGACUCUCUGUGGUUUUGUUUUCCAAUGUGUUUGGUAUUGUUUCAUGAGUAAGAAAUCUACUUAUAUAAAUUCAUAUUUAUUAAAUUAAUAUAAUACAAAUAUAGAUUGUUUCAUUGCCUCUCCUUUUUCCGCUCUACUGGUCACUUCUCACAUGAUCCAUAAAUGAAAUCAUUGUGACUGUCCCCCAGCCAUCAAUCUUUUUUUCCCAUCAAUUUCAGAAUUGCAAAUUAAAGCGAACAUGUUCGUCCAUUGCGCGUUUUGUUUAUGAUGCGGCUACAUUUAGAGUUCGGGAAUUUAAAGAAUCACCUGAUCUGCCCAAAAUCAACCAAAAUGCAGUUUCAUUGUCACUCAGUCUAUACUCCUAGCUACCGCCAUGGUCAGUUCCUGACUGUGUAUGUGUUCAGUCUCACGCUAUAUUCUUAGUUACUGCCAUGGUCAGUUCCUGACUGUGUAUAUGGUCAGUCUCACGCUAUAUUCUUAGUUACUGCCAUGGUCAGUUCCUGACUGUGUAUAUGGUCAGUCUCACGCUAUAUUCUUAGUUACUGCCAUGGUCAGUUCCUGACUGUGUAUAUGGUCAGUCUCAGGCUAUACUCCUAGUUACCGCCAUGGUCAGUUCCUGACUGUGUAUAUGGUCAGUCUCAGGCUAUAUUCUUAGUUACUGCCAUGGUCAGUUCCUGACUGUGUAUAUGGUCAGUCUCAGGCUAUAUUCUUAGUUACUGCCAUGGUCAGUUCCUGACUGUGUAUAUGGUCAGUCUCAGGCUAUAUUCUUAGUUACUGCCAUGGUCAGUUCCUGACUGUGUAUAUGGUCAGUCUCACGCUAUAUUCUUAGUUACUGCCAUGGUCAGUUCCUGACUGUGUAUAUGGUCAGUCUCGGGCUAUAUUCUUAGUUACUGCCAUGGUCAGUUCCUGACUGUGUAUAUGGUCAGUCUCAGGCUAUAUUCCUAGUUACUGCCAUGGUCAGUUCCUGACUGUGUAUAUGGUCAGUCUCACGCUAUAUUCUUAGUUACUGCCAUGGUCAGUUCCUGACUGUGUAUAUGGUCAGUCUCACGCUAUAUUCUUAGUUACCGCCAUGGUCAGUUCCUGACUGUGUAUAUGGUCAGUCUCAGGCUAUAUUCUUAGUUACUGCCAUGGUCAGUUCCUGACUGUGUAUAUGGUCAGUCUCACGCUAUAUUCUUAGUUACUGCCAUGGUCAGUUCCUGACUGUGUAUAUGGUCAGUCUCAGGCUAUAUUCUUAGUUACGCCAUGGUCAGUUCCUGACUGUGUAUAUGGUCAGUCUCAGGCUAUAUUCUAGUUACUGCCAUGGUCAGUUCCUGACUGUGUAUAUGGUCAGUCUCAGGCUAUAUUCUUAGUUACCGCCAUGGUCAGUUCCUGACUGUGUAUAUGGUCAGUCUCAGGCUAUAUUCUAGUUACCGCCAUGGUCAGUUCCUGACUGUGUAUAUGGUCAGUCUCACGCUAUAUUCUUAGUUACUGCCAUGGUCAGUUCCUGACUGUGUAUAUGGUCAGUCUCACGCUAUAUUCUUAGUUACCGCCAUGGUCAGUUCCUGACUGUGUAUAUGGUCAGUCUCGGGCUAUAUUCUUAGUUACUGUCAUGGUCAGUUCCUGACUGUGUAUAUGGUCAGUCUCACGCUAUAUUCCUAGUUACUGCCAUGGUCAGUUCCUGACUGUGUAUAUGGUCAGUCUCACGCUAUAUUCUUAGUUACCACCAUGGUCAGUUCCUGACUGUGUAUAUGGUCAGUCUCAGGCUAUAUUCUUAGUUACGGCCAUGGUCAGUUCCUGACUGUGUAUAUGGUCAGUCUCACGCUAUAUUCUUAGUUACUGUCAUGGUCAGUUCUGACUGUGUAUAUGGUCAGCUAUAUUCUUAGUUAUCAUGGUCAGUUCCUGACUGUGUAUAUGGUCAGUCUCACGCUAUAUUCUUAGUUACUGCCAUGGUCAGUUCCUGACUGUGUAUAUGGUCAGUCUCACGCUAUAUUCCUAGUUACGGCCAUGGUCAGUUCCUGACUGUGUAUAUGGUCAGUCUCACACUAUAUUCUUAGUUACUGCCAUGGUCAGUUCCUGACUGUGUAUAUGGUCAGUCUCACGCUAUAUUCUUAGUUACUGCCAUGGUCAGUUCCUGACUGUGUAUAUGGUCAGUCUCAGGCUAUAUUCUUAGUUACUGCCAUGGUCAGUUCCUGACUGUGUAUAUGGUCAGUCUCACGCUAUAUUCCUAGUUACCUGCCAUGGUCAGUUCCUGACUGUGUAUAUGUCUCACGCUAAAUUCUUAGUUACUGCCAUGGUCAAUACCUGACUGUGUAUAUGGUCAGUCUCACGCUAUAUUCUACCGCCAUGGUCAGUUCCUGACUGUGUAUAUGGUCAGUCUCAGGCUAUAUUCUUAGUUACCGCCAUGGUCAGUUCCUGACUGUGUAUAUGGUCAGUCUCAGGCUACACUCCUAGUUACGGCCAUGGUCAGUUCCUGACUGUGUAUAUGGUCAGUCUCAGGCUAUAUUCUUAGUUACUGCCAUGGUCAGUUCCUGACUGUGUAUGUGGUCAGUCUCAGGCUAUAUUCUUAGUUACUGCCAUGGUCAGUUCCUGACUGUGUAUAUGGUCAGUCUCAGGCUAUAUUCUUAGUUACCGCCAUGGUCAGUUCCUGACUGUAUAUAUGGUCAGUCUCACGCUAUAUUCUUAGUUACUGCCAUGGUCAGUUCCUGACUGUGUAUAUGGUCAGUCUCAGGCUAUAUUCUUAGUUACCGCCAUGGUCAGUUCCUGACUGUGUAUAUGGUCAGUCUCACGCUAUAUUCUUAGUUACUGCCAUGGUCAGUUCCUGACUGUGUAUAUGGUCAGUCUCAGGCUAUAUUCUUAGUUACUGCCAUGGUCAGUUACUGACUAUGUAUAUGGUCAGUCUCAGCCUAUACUCCUAGAUACUGCCAUGGUCAGUUCCUGACUAUGUAAAUGGUCAGUCUCACACUAUAUUCUUAGUUACCGCCAUGGUCAGUUCCUGACUGUGUAUAUGGUCAGUCUCACACUAUAUUCUUAGUUACCGCCAUGGUCAGUUCCUGACUGUGUAUAUGGUCAGUCUCACGCUAUAUUCUUAGUUACGGCCAUGGUCAGUUCCCGACUGUGUAUAUGGUCAGUCUCACGCUAUAUUCUUAGUUACCGCCAUGGUCAGUUCCUGACUGUGUAUAUGGUCAGUCUCACACUAUAUUCUUAGUUACGGCCAUGGUCAGUUCCUGACUGUGUAUAUGGCCAGUCUCACACUAUAUUCCUAGUUACUGCCAUGGUCAGUUCCUGACUGUGUAUAUGGUCAGUCUCACGCUAUAUUCUUAGUUACCGCCAUGGUCAGUUACUGACUGUGUAUAUGGCCAGUCUCACGCUAUAUUCUUAGUUACUGCCAUGGUCAGUUCCUGACUGUGUAUAUGGCCAGUCUCACGCUAUAUUCCUAGUUACUGCCAUGGUCAGUUCCUGACUGUGUAUAUGGUCAGUCUCACGCUAUAUUCCUAGUUACAGCCAUGGUCAGUUCCUGACUGUGUAUAUGGUCAGUCUCACGCUAUAUUCUUAGUUACUGCCAUGGUCAGUUCCUGACUGUGUAUAUGGUCAGUCUCACGCUAUAUUCCUAGUUACUGCCAUGGUCAGUUCCUGACUGUGUAUAUGGUCAGUCUCACGCUAUAUUCUUAGUUACCGCCAUGGUCAGUUCCUGACUGUGUAUAUGGUCAGUCUCAGGCUAUAUUCUUAGUUACUGCCAUGGUCAGUUACUGACUGUGUAUAUGGUCAGUCUCACACUAUAUUCUUAGUUACGGCCAUGGUCAGUUCCUGACUGUGUAUAUGGUCAGUCUCACGCUAUAUUCUUAGUUACGGCCAUGGUCAGUUACUGACUGUGUAUAUGGUCAGUCUCAGCCUAUACUCCUAGAUACUGCCAUGGUCAGUUCCUGACUGUGUAUAUGGUCAGUCUCAGGCUACACUCCUAGUUACCGCCAUGGUCAGUUCCUGACUGUGUAUAUGGCCAGUCUCACACUAUAUUCUUAGUUACUGCCAUGGUCAGUUCCUGACUGUGUAUAUGGUCAGUCUCAGGCUACACUCCUAGUUACCGCCAUGGUCAGUUCCUGACUGUGUAUAUGGUCAUUCUCAGGCUACACUCCUAGUUACCGCCAUGGUCAGUUCCUGACUGUGUAUAUGGCCAGUCUCACACUAUAUUCUUAGUUACUGCCAUGGUCAGUUCCUGACUGUGUAUAUGGUCAGUCUCAGGCUACACUCCUAGUUACCGCCAUGGUCAGUUCCUGACUGUGUAUAUGGUCAGUCUCACACUAUAUUCUUAGUUACUGUCAUGGUCAGUUACUGACUGUGUAUAUGGUCAGUCUCAGGCUACACUCCUAGUUACCGCCAUGGUCAGUUCCUGACUGUGUAUAUGGUCAGUCUCACGCUAUAUUCCUAGUUACCGCCAUGGUCAGUUCCUGACUGUGUAUAUGGUCAGUCUCAGGCUACACUCUUAGUUACCGCCCAUGGUCAGUUCUGACUGUGUAUAUGGUCAGUCUCAGGCUACACUCCUAGUUACCGCCAUGGUCAGUUCCUGACUGUGUAUAUGGCCAGUCUCAGGCUAUAUUCCUAGUUACGGCCAUGGUCAGUUCCUGACUGUGUAUAUGGUCAGUCUCACACUAUAUUCUUAGCUACUGCCAUGGUCAGUUCCUGACUGUGUAUAUGGUCAGUCUCAGGCUUUAUUCCUAGUUACGGCCAUGGUCAGUUCCUGACUGUGUAUAUGGUCAGUCUCAGGCUAUAUUCCUAGUUACCGCCAUGGUCAGUUCCUGACUGUGUAUAUGGUCAGUCUCACGCUAUAUUCUUAGUUACCGCCAUGGUCAGUUCCUGACUGUGUAUAUGGUCAGUCUCACGCUAUAUUCUUAGUUACCGCCAUGGUCAGUUCCUGACUGUGUAUAUGGUCAGUCUCACACUAUAUUCUAGUUACCGCUAUGGUCAGUUCUCGACUGUGUAUAUGGUCGUCUCACACUAUAUUCUUAGUUACUGCUAUGGUCAGUUCCUUACCGUAUAUGGUCAGUCUCACCUAUAUUCUAGUUACAGCCAUGGUCAGUUCCUGACUGUAUAUGGCCAGUCUCACGCUAUACUCUAGUUACCGCCAUGGUCAGUUCCUGACUGUGUAUAUGGUCAGUCUCACGCUAUAUUCUUAGUUACUGCGCCAUGGUCAGUUCCUGACUGUGUAUAUGGUCAGUCUCAGGCUAUACUCCUAGUUACGCCAUGGUCAGUUCCUGACUGUGUAUAUGGUCAGUCUCACACUAUAUUCUUAGUUACUGCCAUGGUCAGUUCCUGACUGUGUAUAUGGUCAGUCUCACGCUAUAUUCUUAGUUACCGCCAUGGUCAGUUCCUGACUGUGUAUAUGGUCAGUCUCAGGCUAUAUUCCUAGUUACUGCCAUGGUCAGUUACUGACUGUGUAUAUGGUCAGUCUCACGCUAUAUUCUUAGUUACCGCCAUGGUCAGUUCCUGACUGUGUAUAUGGUCAGUCUCAGGCUAUAUUCCUAGUUACUGCCAUGGUCAGUUCCUGACUGUGUAUAUGGUCAGUCUCAGCUAUAUUCCUAGUUACCGCCAUGGUCAGUUCCUGACUGUGUAUAUGGUCAGUCUCACACUAUAUUCCUAGUUACCGCCAUGGUCAGUUCCUGACUGUGUAUAUGGUCAGUCUCAGGCUACACUCCUAGUUACCGCCAUGGUCAGUUCCUGACUGUGUAUAUGGUCAGUCUCAGGCUAUAUUCCUAGUUACCGCCAUGGUCAGUUCCUGACUGUGUAUAUGGUCAGUCUCACGCUAUAUUCCUAGUUACGGCCAUGGUCAGUUCCUGACUGUGUAUAUGGUCAGUCUCACGCUAUAUUCUUAGUUACUGCCAUGGUCAGUUCCUGACUGUGUAUAUGGUCAGUCUCAGGCUACACUCCUAGUUACCGCCAUGGUCAGUUCCUGACUGUGUAUAUGGUCAGUCUCACGCUAUAUUCUUAGUUACUGCCAUGGUCAGUUCCUGACUGUGUAUAUGGUCAGUCUCACGCUAUAUUCUUAGUUACUGCCAUGGUCAGUUCCUGACUGUGUAUAUGGUCAGUCUCACGCUAUAUUCUUAGUUACUGCCAUGGUCAGUUCCUGACUGUGUAUAUGGUCAGUCUCACGCUAUAUUCUUAGUUACUGCCAUGGUCAGUUCCUGACUGUGUAUAUGGUCAGUCUCACGCUAUAUUCUUAGUUACCGCCAUGGUCAGUUCCUGACUGUGUAUAUGGUCAGUCUCACGCUAUAUUCUUAGUUACUGCCAUGGUCAGUUCCUGACUGUGUAUAUGGUCAGUCUCACGCUAUAUUCUUAGUUACUGCCAUGGUCAGUUCCUGACUGUGUAUAUGGUCAGUCUCACACUAUAUUCUUAGUUACGGCCAUGGUCAGUUCCUGACUGUGUAUAUGGUCAGUCUCACGCUAUAUUCUUAGUUACUGCCAUGGUCAGUUCCUGACUGUGUAUAUGGUCAGUCUCAGGCUAUAUUCUUAGUUACUGCCAUGGUCAGUUCCUGACUGUGUAUAUGGUCAGUCUCGGGCUAUAUUCCUAGUUACUGCCAUGGUCAGUUCCUGACUGUGUAUAUGGUCAGUCUCACACUAUAUUCUUAGUUACUGUCAUGGUCAGUUCCUGACUGUGUAAAUGGCCAGUCUCAGGCUAGAAUUUAACAUUUAUCAUGUUUACCUUUUGCACACCACUGCAGAAUAUGUUGGUGCUAUAUAAAUCAGAGUGAUUGUUUUAUACACCUAGUUAGUAGUUACUGACCCGGUCUGUUCCUGAAUUGUACACGCACACUGUGUCACACGCACACACACUCACACACUAACACAAGCCAGGCUAACAUACAUUCACCCUGGAAUUAAAAUGGUUUAGAGUACAACAGCAUAAACAAAUGUUAAUGUUUUAUGUUAAUGUUUAUUAAGAAAAUAUUAAUGGGAGCAACAGUGUUUAGAAACGUGUUAUUUCAAUCACUCGUAGAACAGGGUUAAACAAAGGUAGCUAUUUAAAACAGAGUAUGCCCACACACUAUAUCGCGUUCCUGUUUUUUCUCACACCAUGCAAGUUCAGGAAAAUCGUGUUUCGUUUUAUUGGCAGGAAAAUUAUAACCUUAACUGAUGUGAGUGGGGGCAAACCAGGAAACAGGGAACGCUUACUAGGUAAUAGGCACGUAGUUGUCUGUUUUAAUGGGACAAUUAAUGAGCUGUAAAAACUCCCAGUGAUUGUUAUGCAGAUUGUUACAGAAAAACAAGUUUUAAGAACACUGUGGUUUUAUUCGGAAAAGUUCUAAGUGUCUGUAUUUUACAACCAAACAUUUGUGGGUAUGCACUGUACAUGAUGGUUGCCAGGCCCACCGUGUCUUCUUAAACACGUUUCAUUUUUUUCAAGUUGACAGAUAGCACAUUGAAAGUGCACCCCAGCACUGUGUAGAAUUCACAUUCCUUUUUCGUGACUUAAUGAUCUCCUUAAAGUGGUUAUAGUGUCUAGGGUCCUCUUGUGCUGUCCCUCCAUUUAGUGUGAAGCCAUUUUUUUCAAGCAGUUUAACAAUUAAUAAGAGGUCCUUGCCAUCCACAGACCGUGCCCAGAGAUGACACACUUAGAAUUGUGGAGAUUUUAUAACGAAAUGACAUUGUUUAUGCUGAAAUAUCUGCAAUGGUAAAAGAGCUUGGAUGGAGAAAUUACCCCAGUUAUUUUGGUACUUUAGUUUUUUUUCUGUUCAGUAGAUACAACUACCGAACACCGACCACCCCCUGGCUCAUUUACUUCAAAGAAAACUGGCCAUCUUGUUCGCACGAAAGUAGGCAGCUGUACUUGGUCUUCGAGUGUCUGGAACCAAAAUCGGACACUCAACUUCCCGAACGCUGGUCACCAGCGUUCGUUACAGCUUGGAUGGAGAUUUUUUUUCCAGUUUCAGUUACUCUGGCCAAAAACUCGCAAAUCGCUUGUUAAAUCUCCCCAGUCUCCAGUUUGCGACUAAAACUUCAGUAUUACAGAAUAUAAUGUAUAAUCUGUGGUCUCCUAAUUACACUAGGCUUGCUCACAAAUGCAUUUCAGCUGGGACAAACAAAUCAAAUACCUUUUAAUCUGCGUGCAAAUGAAUAAAAUAUUUUACAAACAGCCAUCUGAAAACCCAGUACAAACGGUGUGCACACAUACCAGAAUGGCGACACUACAAUCACUCCGGAAAUGUAAGAAUAUUCAAUGGAUGUUCAGGUGCAAAUUAUAAGGCAGUUAAUUUAAUCGUCCCGGUUAAAAAGCAAAUGUUUAUCAAUUUUAAAUAUACUACUAUAAAAAUUACACAGCACCAUUUCAGAAGCACUGCCAAUUAUCCUUAAAUUGGAGCAUGUCAUGCAUGACAUAGUCCUAAAACACCCGAACACAGGUUUGAGAUGGGACAGGAACGUCAAAUAUUCCUUAACACUAUGCGGUUUAUUCAAUAAAAACCUAAAUGUAGGCAAAAUUGUUGAUUUGAAAGAAUUUAUUAUUUAGUGGAUAAACUCACAGCAAUGUAAAAAGGUGAAUUGUGAUAUUCUGACAGUCAAAUAUAUAAUAUAUAAUUCUAGAAAAAGACUUGCUGUAUAACAUGGCAUAAACACGUUAAUAUUUUUUGCAAUAAUAAACCUGCAAGUACCCUAUUCCUGUGAUUUAUUGAAUUGUAUAAAUUUUGGAUAAAACAGACACAAACAAUAGACACAAACAAUUCUAAAUUGAAGAGUGAGUGUAAUCAAAUUUUUUUUUUUAUAUAAAUAAUUCUCUCUCACUCCCUUUUACACACACAGAAUGUUUUACUUGAUUUUUUUCUGCCUAAAUUUUGCUAUGGAAUUGACCUUUCACACCAAUUCCCAAUGAAUAAAAGCACCUGCUAUUCCUUAUUAUAAAUUAAGUCGCUGUAGCAUUGAGGAAGUUGAAAAAGUCUCUACACUCUAUUGCCGACGGAAUUUUGUCGUGAAACAUAAAACGCUAAUGUAUGUAGAAUCCUUUAUUAAAUGUACCUGUCUUUUCUUUCAUCUGGAAAUUACCUGCUGCUAAUUAACAGUGGGAAUAUCCAGUGAAACUCAAACAUGUAACGAAACUUCAUUUUGUUUUUGGCAGCGAACAAUGAACUCAAGUCACAGUGACAUUCCAAACCCAUUACAUCGACAACAUCAUCCCUACACGCUCCGGGCCAUUCUUAUCUGAACGCACACUGAUCCUAUGUGUGGGGCAGAUCAUGGGGCCUAUUUACUAAACAGUGGGCUGCUGUGUAAUCACAAACACGUUCGGGACAUUUUGGAGGAAAUUUACAUCUAUUUUCUUUUCCAAUAUUUUGGUCUAUUUUUUUACCAUUCCUUUUUCAACUGUUGAUGGAAUAAUUCCCAAUAUUACUGUAAAUGUGUCCAGGAAGACAAGUAGUCGUCUGUAAAACUGGCUCAGAAUUCUACGAAUUGUUGUCAAAUAGACGAUAUUCACUAAACUGCUAAGAAUUAGCAAGAAUUGUAGAAUGUAGGUCAAGAUAACUAUAUUGUACACAUUUCCACCAUUUAUUUGCCCAGCUCUGAGAAUUUACAAUUAUUUCGUCAAUUCUCCACACUUUCACCUGUUACAAAAAAUACAACUAUGUGAAUUUGCAAUUAAACACCAAACUGUACAAACAUGAAUUAUAAAAUUCAUAAAUUAAUAUUAUUAUUAUUAUUAUUUCUAUAGAGUCAGCAAUGUAGCACUGUAGAAUGGGUGGACAAACAGACACGUAAUUGUAACCAGACAAGUUGGACGCACAGGAACAGAGGGUUUGAGGGCCCUGCUCAAUGAGCUUACAUGCUAGAGCAGGGGUUCUCAACCCAGUCCUCAGGACCCCCUACCAGUCCAGGAUUUGGGGAUUACCUGGGUGUGUCUAAGGUGUUAAGAAAAAUGGGAAGAAAAAAAAACCUUAGACUCUAAGGUGUUUUUUUUUUUCUUUUUCUAAACACCUUAGACACACCCAGGUAAUCCCCAAAUCCUGGACUGGUAGGGGGUCCUUGAGGGCAAGGUUGAGAACCCCUGUGCUAGAGGGAGUGGAGUAUAGUGACACAAAGGGUAUAAGUAGGGGUAACAAAGUAAUUGUUUAACCCGUUAAGGACCAAACUUCUGGAAUAAAAUGGAAUCAUGACAUGUCACACAUGUCAUGUGUCCUUAAGGGGUUAAUGGGGGGGGGGGGUAACAGUUUAAUGGGGGUUUUUGUAAGUUUUUUUUUUUUGUGGUGACCCGGUUAUCUAUAGUAAAAAAUGAACAUUCUAAUGCUAAAAAUAAAUACAUUUAAAAGCAUGCUAAAGCUGUCAAGAUGGAAAAAUAAUAUCGGAUUGGCAGAGCGUGACACAUUUGAUUCCUUGGUUCUGGUGGCCUAAGUUGGUUGUCAAGGCAAUAAAACUCCCUGUUUAGUGAGUGUACCCCUUUAUUGCUUUUGCUUUUACCCAAUAAUUCAACAUUUCCAGUUUCUGGAUAUCGUCAUAGGGUUGGCGUACAUACAGGUCAGCCUGACUCGGCAAAUAGUGUUUCAAUUUCGGGCACUAGGAGGUCUACUGGCGUCGGAUAGAUGGAUAUCACAGUCUGCAGGACAGAUGUUAGCAGAUGUGUUCCUGAGGUUUAAUGACGCUUUUAGAAACAUGUUGUUGUUUUAUCCUGAUACAGUAUAAAAGACUUUACGGGGCUCAAUACUUUAUUGGCAUCAAGACACAAGCCAUUCCGAUUUAUAAUGAUAAAUCGUCACUCAUUUAAAGUGUCUGCCAUCGAGCAUUUUUAUGCUUUCCUCAUAAAACAUGUUAAAACUAUCUGUACACAUCGAUUCUUUUCAGCAGUUUUACAAACAUUGAAUAAAAGAUUUGCAAAUGCACACAUUUAAUUGGGUAUUGAAUGUUCUCUGUGCUGCAGACAACCUGUAAACUAAUCAGCUCAACUGUGCAAAUGCCACUUUUUCCCUGGCAGACCUGCCAACAGUCCCGAUUUCAGUGGCACAGUCCCAGUUCCGCCAUCUUUAUUUAGUUUCCUGUUGCCCCAGAUGUGGGACAUUCCGCAGGCAGCACAGUGUAAGUGCAUCACAAGGCACGCUCGCACUGUGAACGGGCACUCGGACCAUGCAGAGAAACCUCAUAAAUAAUUUAUAUUUGCACUGUUGUACUUAAAGAAAAUGCUAGAUAACAGUGUGGCUGCAAGUUGUAGAUCAGAAACUCAUAUUUCUGCCAUAAGCUGUGUGUAUUUGGGCCCAAAAUAGGGACUGCCCUUCCUAAAUAGGGACACUUGGGAGAUAUGCUAACAUUUGAUGGCUCCAAAGCUACCUGAGCACAGUAAGGUAGGUGAGAGUGUUUUAAUAGCAUCGACCAGUAAACAGGUUUUUACGAUUACAUAAAAAUUGCAUGGUGUGGGCAACGCAUGAAAAGUGCUCCUCUGAUGUAUUGAUCAUUCAUAUGAGGCAGUAAGGAAAUAUAAUCAUUAAUCAGACGGAGCCCAAACGUAUUACCUUAAGUUAUUUCCUUCCUAAAACAUAUAAAUGUGCUGUACACCACACGGCAGCACUCUUCAUGUACUAACCGUCGGCAUGUAAAUGUGUUAUGUAACCAGGAAACAUGGUGAGUCUGGAAACCCCAGGGAGCAGAUAUAUAGACGUUGGCCAUAAGAGCUGCAUCCUGUUAAGGUACAUGACUAGUGCUGCCCAGCAAUAUGUGGAUCCCGUACACUGUCAGACUCAAUCAAUUAAAGGGACACUGUAGUCACUAUAAGCAUUUCAUCUCUUUGAAUUGGUUAUAGUGCCUGGAGUGCCCUGGCACUGUCCCUCCAUUCAGUGUUGCACCAUGUUCGUGCAGUAUGCCACAAAAUAAGAGUCCCUGGAUACCCACAGUCCGGCCCCUUCAGUAUGUGUAGCUAAGGCAGAGAUUACACACUUCCUUGUUGUCAUACCCAUUCAUACCGUCAGUUGGAACUCUGACAGGCUAAAAGCAGUCAGCUGACACUCUCAGCCAAUCACAGCUGCCCAUUGCUGCUCAGGGUAAUACUUCCUUAUUAGCCAAAGCAGCACAGAGGGGAUGGAUUGCUGGGGACUCUUGUUUAGCAUUAAAACAAUAAAAGUUUAAAAACUGUUUAAUGCUGAAAGAAAUGAUGGUACCAGAGGACUCCAGACACUAUAACCAGUUUAGUGAGAUGAAGCAGAUACAAUGCCUACGGUGUCCCUUUAAUUGAUUUAUGAAGGCAUUAUAUGGGUUUGUGUGUCUCCUGUCAGGCUAAGAAACUCUUUCACAGAUCUCACAAGACCAUGUGGACAAUAUAACUGUGCAGGACAACAUGAGCAAAGUAUCGACUCUGUGAAUACUUCAAAGGGAAGAGGGAAAUAUCUUAACAGCAUUUGUAAAACAGGCCCCAGAGAGAGUCUCCUUCACUGUCCACCAAUAAAAACAUCUACAAAGGGAGAUGGCAUAACAGGAUGAGCUGAUUCUUCCCUGGGGAGGACAGGACGGCACAGGGGGGGUCACAGCAGAGAUAGAAUUUCCUAAAACACAAAGCAAACAUUAAACGACAUGUUGUUUUACUAAAUGUUAAUUUAAAGAAGACAUGCUUUUUAGAGGGUUUACUCAUCAGAAACAAAUGUUUUAUUCCAAACGUGUGUUUUUGUAUUUUUUUUUUUCUGUUUGUUUUCUUUUAUUUUUUUCCUCCGUUACGAAGAUAUCUGACCCAGCUUACCGGCAAAAUCACACAAGAAAUCCUUCUAGCUGCAGGCACGCUGUUACUGAGCUUUGUCCAUAAUCAUGGCUAGCGCAGGGAGAGUGUAACUUGCCAUAAUAAGGUAAUGGUGUCUAUUCACUAAGCAGCGCAAGGCCGGACAACGCGAUACCUAUUCUUCUGGUCGCUUUCCUCCACAUUCUGCCAUCACUACCCUUCUGCUCAAAUUUGGGAAAAAACAAAAUAAACUAAAGUCCUUUUCUUUUCUCCUUUGGAUAUGAUGUAUCAAAUAUCAGUCUCCUCAAUGCUACCGGUGCUACCAUCAACUGUACCCCAGGGGAGGGCUGACAUGGGGGAAAGGGAGCAAAGGUGAUGGGGGACAAUUGUGCCCCAAGACCACUAGUACAUAGAGAAUUGUGGGACCCUCCCUCACAGCACAAUAUUAAUUAUAUUAUGUAAUUGUAUUCUUUUAUUACUGUAUUUUGGGCAAUUUGUUUGUCGUGGCCCAAUGUAGCAGUUACAAGCUCUUCUUCUCUCCUCACAUCUAUUACGUCUCCAAUUUAUGUUACAAUUAAUAAUCAAUGCUGCCAACCCCCUCCAUAUUGGUUUGAGUUAUGCCCAUAUCACCUCGUUACAAUUAAAGGGACACUAUAGUCACCAGAACAACUACAGCUUAAUGUAGUUGUUCUGGUGAGUAUAAUCAUUGCCUUCAGGCAUUUGCAUGCAAACACUGCCUUUUCACAGAAUAGGCAGUGUUUACAUUGCCCCUAGGGACACCUCCAAGUGGCCACUCCUCAGAUGGCCACUGGAGGUGCUUCCUGGCUCAGUGCUGCAUAGUGUGCAGCACUGCCGUUGAGCGUCUCCACGCUCUGCAUGGGGACGCUGAAUUUUCCUCAUAGAAAUGUAUUGAUUCAAUGCAUCUCUAUGAGGAGGUGCUGAUUGGCCAAAACUGAGUCUGGCCCUACCCCCUUGCCGAUUUCAGCCAAUCCAAUGCUUUCCCUAUGGGAAAGCAUUGGAUUGGCUUAAAAGCGGCAAUUCUGAUAAUGUCACCAAGGGGGCGGAGCUAGCGCUGGCGAUAAGGGGAGUUUUAUUUGCUUUUAAAGGGGCUGAGGUAUUACACUAUAGGGUCAGGAAUACAUGGUUGUGUUCUUGACCCUGUAGUGUUCCUUUAAUAAUGAAUGUCGCUGCCAAGCCCCUCUUCCUUACCCCCUGCUCAUGCUACACAUCCGCCCUCUGCCAGUUUGUUCACUAGCUACAUGUACGUUUUAAAAUGAUUUAAUCAAUAAAAUGUACUUUUUUGUUUCUGUUCUGUAAUUUUAUUAUACUUCAAUUGAGCACGGUUUGAGCAUGGCACUCACCACCCUCUCGUGUAUGUCAAACAUGUCCUACACCAAUACAUUGUAUAUCUAAUUCGCCCAUCAGAUAGCGCCAUGCAAUAUCUUACUCUAACCAUUUGUAUUAAAUGGUUUAAUUUCAUUUACAAUGUCCUACUGGGCAUUAUUCAAUGUCUUCCCCAGUUAUGUACCUGUAAAUAAAAAACAAACUUGGAAUCCAGUGUCUUUUAUGUCACUGCUCCCCGCUAGAGGUCCAAUCAAAUGCUUCCCCUUAGAGGGAUUCCUGCUACCAUGACCACUUCUAAAAGCCAUGUUGGUUGGAGUAACCCUUUAAUGGCAAACCUGGGAAAUGUAUGACAAAUUAGCAGAGAUCAAUAGUAAAAUAGGUAAUAAAUCACGUCAGGAUUUAAAGUUAUACGAUGCCAGUGAUAGUGCGUGCAGCACGUCUUGACAGUUUGCAGAGCGUUUGUCUAUGCUAAUGUCAAAAUGUGUGAAGACCUGUGUACAAUCCUGGAUAUAGAUAACUUUCAGAUUGUUCAGCUAUAAACAAGACAUUGAUAUAGGCCGGGGUUACAAUAUUGUCAGUUGUGUAUAGGACAAUGUGUUCUUGAUAGAGCAUAGACAUUGUAUCUCAUGAAGAGAACAAUAGCAAAUGAUGCCUUAAUCUUUCGAAUUGUGUACUAAAACAAACAACAAAAAAAACAAAGAUUCAAACUGCCAAUGGCUUAUCUAGAGGCGUACGGAGAGUCAUCAUAAAUGGUUAAUUUUCAAGCUGAACAAAAGUGGUAAGUGGUGUCCCUCAGGGUUCUGUUCUGGGGCCGCAACUAUUUAACAUAUUUAUAGAUGAUCUUGGGAAUAGGCAUUGAAAGCCAUGUUUCAGUGUUUGCAGAUGGCACAAAAGUCUGUAAAAGUGAUAAAAUGUGAUCAGGAUAUUGCUUUACUGCAGAGGGAUUUGGAUAGAUUGGGGGACUGGGCACUAAAAUGGCAGAUGACAUUUAACGUGGAAAAAUGCACUUCGGGGUUAAGAAUGCACAAGCAACUUACAUCCUAAAUGGUAGUGAAUUAGGGAUAACCACACACGAGAAGGAUUUGGGAAUUGUUAUAGACAACAAAUUAGGCAGCAAUAUGCAAUGUCGAUCUGCAGUUGCUAAGGCCAGUAAGGUUUUGUCAUGUAUAAAUAGGGGCAUAAAUUCUCAGGAUGAAAACAUAAUUUUGCCUCUUUAUAAAUUGCUGGUAAGACCACACCUUGAAUACGCUGUGCAAUUUUGGGCAGCUGCCUCAGAGGGAAUAUGCUAACAUUAUGCAUAUGUAUUCGGGGCCAGUACAAACCAUUCUCUGAAAAUCUAUUCAUAGAAACAUAGAAACAUAGAAUGUGACUGCAGAUAAGAACCAUUCGGCCCAUCUAGUCUGCCCAAUUUUCUAAAUACUUUCAUUAGUCCCUAGCCUUAUCUUAUAGUUAGGAUAGCCUUAUGCCUAUCCCACGCAUGCUUAAACUCCUUUACUGUGUUAACCUCUACCACUUCAGCUGGAAGGCUAUUCCAUGCAUCCACUACCCUCUCAGUAAAGUAAUACUUCCUGAUAUUAUUUUUAAACCUUUGUCCCUCUAAUUUAAGACUAUGUCCUCUUAUUGUGGUAGUUUUUCUUCUUUUAAAUAUAGUCUCCUCCUUUACGGUGAUGAUUCCCUUUAUAUAUUUAAAUGUUUCUAUCCUAUCCCCCCUGUCUCGUCUUUCCUCCAAGCUAUACAUGUUAAGAUCCUUUAACCUUUCCUCGUAAGUUUUAUCCAGCAAUCCAUUAACCAGGUUAGUAGCCCUUCUCUGAACCCUCUCUAAGGUAUCAAUAUCCUUCUGAAGAUACGGUCUCCAUUACUGUGUACAAUACCUUAUGUGAGGUCUCACCAGUGUUCUGUACAAUGGCAUGAGCACUUCCCUCUUUCUACUGCUAAUACCUCUCCCUAUACAACCAAGCAUUCUGCUAGCAUUUCCUGCUGCUCGAUUACAUUGUCUGCCUACCUUUAAGUCAUCAGAAAUAAUUACCCCUAAAUUCCUUUCCUCAUAGGGCUAUACGAAGGACAUUUAGACUGAAAGAAAGGAGAUUUAGUCUAAGGCAAAGGAAAAGGUUUUUUACAGGAAGAAGAAUAAGGGUAUGAAAUUCUCUGCCUGAAGAGGUGGUUUUAUCCGAGUCUAUACAGAUGUUUAAACAGCAAUUGAACAAAUACUUGCACAUACAUAAUAUACAGGAGUAUAAAUUCUAAUAAGUAGGGUAAUAGCUUCUUGAUCCAAGGAAAUAUCUGACUUCCAUUCUGGGGUCAAAAAGGAAAUUUUCCUAGUUUGUUGCAAAAUUGGAAGUGCUUCAGACUAGGUUUUUUGCCUUCUUUUGGAUCAACAGCAAAAACAAAUGUGAGGAAGGCUGAACUUAAAGGACGCCAGUCUCUUUUCAGCCUAUGUAACUCUGUAACUAUGUUAAUUGUUGAUCAUAAUGGAGAACAUGAGGAACAAUGCCGUGAUCAAUACACUGUGUAUCAGAGCAGAUCUUCGAACAUAGAGGCCUCUGAUGUAGCGAAUUUUCAUAAAUAAAGUUGGUAUGAGUGGUGAUUCCUUAUAUGUAUAUCACUUCUAAAUACCAAUGGACAAUGCAUGAAAGGUGCUGCCGUGUGCUAUCUAGAAACAAUGUGAUGUUGAAGGUAAUUCAAUUAACGGGUUGAUUUUUUUUCUUUCUAAGUUUCUUUACUGUCCUAUAUAAAUAUCAAGUAUUCAGGGAAACCAUUUUAAAAUUGUAAAAUUUGUCUGAAAAAAAAGAUGGUGAAUCUCUUGUGCCUGGGAGUAAAACAUUAAGGAAUGUUGAAGGCUCUUUCACACGGGCACUUGGGGCAGCGCCCCACCAGUUUUUAAAUAGAUAAAAAUGGAUUUGCAGUUAUUUAGAAAGGAAGGGCUGGUACUAAGCCAAAAAACAGGGGAAGGCCACCUACUUAGCCGCCCGCCUGCCUUCUUGUCUACCCGCAAGCCUGCUAGCCCGCACACCUAGCAGCCUCAUUGCACCCCAGGUAAAUAAUUCAUCCAGCUCUCCCAAAAGUAGGGAGCCUGGGUGGGUUUACAUUUGUGUGUGUGUGUUUUCUAUCAGUGAAUGUGUGUGUCUGCCAUUGUGUGAGUGUGUGUCUGUCAGUGAGUUUGUGUGUUUAUCCGUCAGUGUGUCUGUGAGUAAAUGUCUGUCAGUGAAUGUGUGUGUAUGUCUGUCAUAGUGUCUGUGAAUGAGUGUGUGUCGUUCAGUGAAUGUGUGUACCUGUCAGUAAAUGUGUGUGUCUGAGUGAUUGUGCGUGUCUGUCAGUGCGUGUGCAUAUCUGUCAGUGCGUGUGUGCAUCUAUCAGUGCUUAUGUGUGUCUGUCAGUGUGUGUAUGCAUCUGCCAGUGUGUGUCUGAAUGAUUGUAUAUGUCUGUCAGAUUGUGUCAAAUUAGUGAGUGUAUGUGCGUAUGUCAGUGUAUCUAAGAGUGUGUGCUUGUCCGUGAGUGUGUGUCAGUGUGUGUCUGUAAGUCAAAAUGUGUGUUAGUUAACAGGAAGAGGUGUGGUCUUGGCAGGAAGGGGUGGGUACAUUUAAAUUAGGGGAUGCCCGAGUUCCGCCAUGCUUAAGGCAGCACCAAUCCAAAAUACACUACUGGGUAUGGUUAUAUCUGUAUUGUACUCAGCCCUAUGUAUUUUCCAUACAUUUUUAUGUUGUGCCUAGUGUAGUGGAACCCUGGUAUCCCGACUGGAUAUCUCCGCUAGAUUCUGCUCUCAGCUGGAACAAGAUUCCCUUAGUGAUUAUAACCCAGACAUCAGAUGAUAAAUGAUGCUGGAAAGAAUAGCUGGUUUUAUUAAACACAGUGCAGCCUUUUAUGCACAGACCACCAGCAUGGGGUCUCCAUUCACUAUACAGCAGAACCUGCCAAUGCGUCUCUGUGCCUGGGAGAUAAUUGUGUCAACUCCCGCUAAACUUAUUUUCUCCCGAAUACAGAAAGCCGAACGCACAAAAACCCCAAAGACAGAGUGAUAACAUUCGAAAACCCCAACAUAUUAUACAUUCCCAGAUAGCUCUUGCUGGAGUGCCCAAUCUGGCCAAAAAGGUUAACAAAUGUAAAUCUCUUUAGUUUGGAAAAAAUGGCGCCUCAGAGGGAAUAUGCUAACAUUAUACAUAUGGAGAUUUAGGAAAACGCCAUCCCAUUAAAGUUUGAACCGGCCGCUAGAACACUCCUAGCCGGAAAACAGUACCAGGCGUUUACAGUCAUAUGCCUGUGUUUUUGAAGGGGUCUCUGGUGUGCCUAUGAGCUCCCUAUUUGGCUCAUAGCUAGCGAUUGUUCCCCUUGAUGAACUGUAACUUCCCUCCAAAUAGCGCUCUCAUUGGACCUUGGGAAGUGGUGAAAACCAUAAUGGAAAGUAACCGGGCCAGAGGGACAUCCGUGACUGAGCCGGAGUUCCAUGCGAUCUAUGGAAACAUUCCACUGACAAGUCUGUGAUACUCCAGCUCUGUGGAUAAGCAGUGAAUGUGUUAGUGAGAGGGGCUUGCUGGGAAUCAUGGAGGGGAGGGGAACCAAGGGAGCCUGGAGAGUGUAUAGUCUCUAUUGAGCCUUAAACAGUAAGUUUUGUGGUAACCCGCCUCACCAAGCUUGUUUUAUUGUUUGACCAUCUCUGUAUUAAGCUCAUCUCUCUGUAUUGUAAGGUGUUGGGGGGAGUAAAAUGCCGGGGGAGAAGUCUGGCACCCCAUAAUCUUAAAACUUUACCAGCCACGACCGGUUGCAUAUAUACAAUUUCUAUCACGCUAUCUAUGAAUAGAUUAAGUGAAAGUCUCUUUAAAGGGCUCCCAUGAGAUGUUUGCAUGACAGGAGCACGUUUAAUUAUUCUCAGCUCACUUAGUGUCUAUUGAUACAUAAGCGUUGCCUGCGCUCUGAAAGAUUGGACAAUGGUACUUUAAUUCCCAUCACAUCAGUUUGGCACCAUUCGAGUUAAAACAUCCCUUCUAAGUAAAGAGAUAGAAUCAGCAAAAGCUAUCAAAAACAGACUUCCAGCUGCGUUCCUACUCCCAUGAACCUUGGCCAGCCGCAUGCUGUGUUUAUCACUAGAUUAUGGGAGUUGAAGUUUGCUAACAGCCAGAUGUCCAAAAUGUUAGAAUAUUAUUGUCCCGCAGUAUACCUCCACCCCUACCUCCUGAUGGGUUUUCUUGUUAUCCAUCCUAUCUGAUACAUCCCAUGGUUCUACUGCAAGGAGACCAGCAAUAUUAUCCAGUCUUCCUUUUAUUGCCUCUUCCAUGCAAAAUGCUAUAAUAAAAGUACAAAGUUUGGCUCUGUUUCAUUACGUGCCUUUAAUAUCCCGUCUUGUUUCAUUUAUUGGGUUCUGCAUCUCUUUAUCUUAAAGCCGCCCUGUCGUUUUAAAGUAAAUGUCACAUUAAAUCUUUUGAGUAGAAGAAUAAAACCACGAGCUCUGAUAACAUUUAAACAGUUCAGCGGUUUCUAAUAAUUCAUAUUCUUGUUUUCUUGGAAUUGUCUUUUUUUUCCCCUUUUUCCCUGAUUUUCCCCCAAUCUACUGAUAAAGCAUUAUAGUUGAAAAGGAUGAUACAUUGUUUAUUGAUGUAUAUACUUUACAUUGUAAUUGUGAUAUGUUACAUUAAAUAAUUAAAAACAAUAACACGUUAUCAUUUUACUUGGAAGAUAUAUUCUGUAACAUAUAGUGUCUGUGUGUCUGUGUGUCUGUGUGUCUGUGUGUGUGUGUGUGUGUGUGUCUGUGUUUUUGUUUGUUUGUUAACCAUCUGAACAGGUAUCAGGGAGUGCGUGAUUUUGCUGUUGUGUUCAUUAAAACCCUGAUUGUGGCAACCACACCACAGAGACAACAUAAUGAAUCAGACACAUAGUGGACCAGAGGGAUGGGAGAUGUAGUCCACGGCAUCUGGAGUGCUGAAUGUUGUCUACCCCUGUAACAGACCUUCUUCUAAUCUAGACUAAAUAAACUGUGCUAUUGAGCAAAGACUAGUGUGAGUGCAUUGGACAACGUUUCCUCCUCCUUUCUUCUCAGUUCUGCAUAAUAGGCCCGGAGCUUUAUAAAUACAAAUAAUAAUUAUAAUAAACUGCUUACUGCAGUAACCCUGCUUCCCCAGGAAUCUCGGGCACUGGAAAUUAUUUAGUUAUUUUAUUUAUUAAAAAUUAUUCCCAGAGAUUUUCUUGCUAUAUGUUAUAUAAUGCGGGUCCCUGUCAAAGAAAGUAUAAGAACCGUUGAUUUAGAUACAGGGGUAUCUUUGGCACCCCAGAUGUUGUGGACUACAUCUCUCAUAAUGCUCUUACAGGCAUAAUGCUAGCAAAGCAUCAUGGGGGGGUGUAGUCCAAAACAUCUGGAAUGCCUAAGCCUGAUCUGGAUUUAUAUUUAAAUAGCCAAGCAGUAAUCUAACAAAACAUUUGAGAAGAUAAAGAGUUGAAGAUAAAGAGUUGCAAAACCUAGCUGAAAAUUGAGUUGGAAAAUGGGCCAGGUUGAGAUAUGUCAGUUGUUUUAGUCGCCUGAAGAACGAAUGUUGCUAACAGGCUCUAGAGUGAAAGAAAAAUGGAUCAUGUUUCCUUCAUGCAUCUUCGGUCCCAUACACAACAUGAUGCAUAGACAAUUUGUGUUUUGGCCUCCACAUUUAUGCAAUGUUGUUAAUAUUUUUGGAGGGAGGCUGGGUAUUUAUUGGAAAGUCACGGUUCUUAUUUAUAUAUGACGUUAUUUUAUUCUUUGUACACAGAGCCAUGCUCCUGUACUUCCUACUGCUCUUGGCAAUGGUUAAAGAAGGGAUUUCUACGUAUCGGCCAUCGUUGGAGUCACCCUGUGUUAUGGUACGAACAAUAUGUCUUAUUCACACUUCAUGCCGAAUAUCCUGUAAACAUUAUGGACGUUCUGGCAGGGAUAUUCACCAAACUGCAAAUUGUUGGGAGCUCUCCAUGGGACAGAAACUUUUAGUCUAAAAUAGCCAAGCUGGCGAUGAAAUAUUCAUGUUUGACUACUGCGACCUAACAGUUGCAAUUCUCCCAUCGGUUCUCGGCAAUUUCCGAUUUUGUGAAUGCUAUGCUAAUCACAUUAACUUAAAUUGUGCCGUAGACAUUCGGUGCAGGCUAGCAGUUGUGGUAAGAAUUUUAGAAUCAUAUAAUAAUAAAAGUCAUAUCUUGGAUGCCAGUUUGUAAGGCAUUGCUAUAGAAACAUGUCCAUGAUGUUUUCUACGGAUUUUUUCCCAAAAUAUAGAGUAGCUAAAAUAUAUUUAUUUAUUAGAUUAUUGCCAUUAAGAAGUAUAAAUUCUGCAACUUCGGCCUGGAAUCCAACUGUGGUAAUCUCCUACCAAUCCCUAGUUUAGAUUUACAUCCAAAGCCAAGUUGGGCCGCAUAUGGGACGUGGACAAAAUGUAGACAUAACGGGUGGGAACAAGGUGGAAGCUUAAAUUUAGUUACACCACCAGCAGUGCCAAUCGCCAGCUUGUGGAUAAUAAUAAGAUGGACAAUGCCAUUGUAUCCAGUAAUCCUAUUUAAAGGGACACUAUAGUCACCUGAACAACUUUAGCUUAAUGAAGCAGUUUUGGUGUAUAUAACAUGCCCCUGCAGCCUCACUGCUCAAUCCUCUGCCAUUUAGGAGUUAAAUCCCUUUGUUUAUGAACCCUAGUCACACCUCCCUGCAUGUGACGUGCACAGCCUUCCAUAAACACUUCCUGUAAAGAGAGCCCAAUUUAGGCUUCCUUUAUUGCUAGUUCCGUUUAAUUUAGAUUUUCUUAUCCCCUGCUAUGUUAAUAGCUUGCUGGACCCUGCAAGAGCCUCCUGUAUGUGAUUAAAGUUCAAUUUAGAGAUUGAGAUACAAUUAUUUAAGGUAAAUUACAUCUGUUUGAAAGUGAAACCAGUUUUUUUUUUCAUGCAGGCUCUGUCAAUCAUAGCCAGGGGAGGUGUGGCUAGGGCUGCAUAAACAGAAACAAAGUGAUUUAACUCCUAAAUGACAGUGAAUUGAGCAGUGAAAUUGCAGGGGAAUGAUCUAUACACUAAAACUGCUUUAUUUCGCUAAAGUAAUUUAGGUGACUAUAGUGUUCCUUUAAUAACUAAACUGUUUUCGUUUUUUUAAACGUGGAGUUCUUUUUUUACUUGCAAUGUUAUCCCUAGAGAUUGAGCUAUAAAUCAUUGAGGUUCAGAAACAAGCAUGGUAUUUUAUGGGGGAGAAGAAGGAAUUUGCGAUAGUUGAAAAUAUGACAGUUAUAUAUUGUAGUAUAACAUGCUCAGCUACAUAUGAGCUUUGAGCUAACCUCAAGGUGAAUGUUAAAGGAUUAUCAAAACAGAGAAUGCAUCAUUGAUCUCCUUAUAUUUAAUUAAAAUGUAUAAAUAUUACCACUGUAUUGCUUUGUUAUUUAAAGUGAUAAAUCAAAUAUAAAUAAAGUGCUUGUGUUAAAUAGCAGUCAAUCUGAAUUAAGGUUUUACCCAUUUGUUUGGGAACAUUUGGUAUUGGGUCUGAGGGUUAUAUAUUGUUUAAAUAUAAUUAAAUGAAUUCAUUAAUUUUGCCAGAGACUGACGAGAACAGCCCAGACUCUAUAUUGUCUAACCUUGGCAGGGUCCCAGGAAAGAGGUCUACUUGUAAAAUUAAAAAAAAUCACUCUGGUUUACAGAAUUUACUUGCUAUUGAUAGGUUUAUAAAGAAAGGGACACUCAAACAUUACCAAUAUAUUUUUAUUUUAAUGUUAAAAUUAUUUAAUGUUAUUUAUGAUCUUCAACUUUACAUGAUGGGCCCUCUCACGUACAAUUUACCUUAUGGUAGCUUCUCCUCCACUUCUGAGAACAUCUGUCCAUAUGAUCUCUUGUCCAAUGCAAUAUUUCUUACAGAGAAGCAGUGGGGUUCUACUGCGCAUGCACGGCAGUCACUGUGCUCAUCCAAUUUGAUGCGUCCCAUAGACAUUAAUACAAUGAUUUUGUAUAAGAAGCAUUCCAAACAUUCAGCAUUCGGGCUGUUGAAAGUCUUAAAAAGGAAAUGCCUCUAGUGGCUUUCUGAUUGAUUCAUUUGUCAGUUUGGCAACCACUAGAGACGUCCUGACUGACAGUUGUAAAUAUUGACCAUGUUAAGAAAAAAAUGAUGGCAUUUUAAAUGAAUGCUUUUAAAAAUUAGGCGUGUUUUGUGUGGGUACCUCUUUAGUGUUAGGGUGAGUAUAGUGUUUGCAUGUUAAAGGGACAUUCCAAACACCUAUAGCACAGUAUGUGUAUAUCCUCUUUUAAAAAAAAAUUAUUUCCUGUUUUCAAAUGUGCCUUUAUAAAUGUUACUUCCUGGUUUGUUUAACUCAAGAGGCAGCAAUUGCUCAGAGCACCUGCCUUGCAAAGACUUCUCAUUGAGCUGCAUUGGGAAGUCUGUGAUUGGACAGGCACAGAAAGUCUGGGCGGGGUUGGAAGAGGAGGGCUUGCAAAAGCUGCAGACAAGAGAUCUACAGCUUUUGCAAAGUGUUUUUACAUAUACCCUCAACAUAAAAAUGCAUAAUUAAACGCAUGCAUGUUUUCAUUGGGGAUAUAACAAAAAGCAGUGUCCCUUUAAAGUUAGUCUUGGCGUUUAGGCUAGCACUGGAAGGAUUUUUCACACUUUUUCCAGCUAGCACUGCUCGUGUUAAAAGAACAUCCAGGCAGAUGUAGGAUAAUUUACACCAAUAGAUGCCAUUUUUAAAAUGUCACAUGGAUCAGUAAGCUGGGGACACCUGGAAUCUAACCUGGGAUGGCUGGACAGGAGCCUGAAAUCAGGAUGGCCCCUGGAUCCAGGACUUUUUUUAGAUAACAACCCUCAGUGAAUUUCUAUCUAUUUAUAAAGCGCAUAAAUAGGGCCAACACAGUGGUUCGCAGUGUAUAUUUACAUAAAUAUAAAAUAUAAUAUAAAAUCCCAAAUCUGGGACUGACUGACAAUAAUGACAAAUCACGAUAUCUAAAACUCGUGGGAGGAAUGCCAGAUGUUACUUGACUACAACCCCUACAAUUCUCCAGCAGGCGCUGUACUAUAUCAGCAGAUAUGUGGUUUACAUUCCGACACCCAUGGUCCGGGGUCCCCUGGGAUGUAAGUCUGUCUGUAACAGAGCCAUAAAUCUAAUGAUAUUCUGUGACAUAGCCCAUGAGCCCUGAUUCCCUGUGAAAAAUACCCCGUCAUCUCUUCCCCCGAGAGUAUUAUUAGAUUUGUUGUUCUUGGGAUGUAAAUUUCUUAAUAAAUGGCAAUGUUUACCAUUCCAGGGCCACUGCUGUUUCCCUCGCAGCAUCUGUUUCUAAACUACCAAACUUGUCCAACAAGAUCAAAGACAUUAAGACAGCAGAGAUCGCAAGAAUGUGUUUAAUGUGCUAAAAUCUCCAAUAACUUAUGUUCUUCUUAAUAAGGGCGUGAAAGGGGGGGAAAAAGUGAUUUGAUCAGCUCUUAGUGUGUGAAAAAUGUAAAAAAAUAUCACAAUCCUUUAUCUCUCAGAUAUUAAAAGUACAUUAUUUUUACUUCUUAAAGGAACACUAUAGUGUUAGGAAUGCAAACAUGUAUUCUGUACACUGGAAUGCUGGAAUACACUGUUAGAUCCCCGGGUCCCCUCUCUCUGGAGAUUACAUGUGAUUUUACAAACCUAUUCUCCGACAUUGCACCAGCCACACCGCUGCUGGUCCCAUAGGAAAGCAUUGGGAGGCUGUUGCAAAUGAGCUGCAAAGUGACACAUCUCCUUAUAAAGAUACAUUGAAUCAAUACAUCUCUACGGAGAGAUUGCAGUGUCUCCAUUCAGAGCGUAGCUGCACACGGUGCAGCACUGGACUAGGAAGCACCUCUAGUGGAAGUGAUAGUAACUGCCACUAGAGGUGUUACUAGCCAGCAAUGUAAACACAGUCUUUUCAGAGAAAAUCCAGAGUAUACAGUGCUAGGACUGCAGGGACAGGCUAUAGACAUCCGAACCACUACAUUAAACUGUAUGCUAUACAUUAAACUGUAGUAGUUCUGGUGACUAUAGUGUCCCUUUAAAUUUAAACAUAUAAAAUAUUAAAUAUAUAUAUAUAUAAUAUUUAAAAUAUAUGUCCUGAGUGCCAAAGGGUUGUUGGGUUAUGUGUGGGCGCUUUAUUUCUUAAAGGAGGUAACACACAAUAUGUAUCAAAUAUAGAGUUGGUUCUACUACAGUAAAUAAACGUUAAGGAUCACACUAAGCUCUUUAACCACUUCCUCUUACUGAAGUGGUUAUACUGCAAAGACCCCGUCCCUACAGCUUUUCUUUUAAAAAAAUAUUUCAUUUCUCUCAGGUAAUUUACCUGUCUAGCUCCCUGAUAAUGAAAAACAUAAACUGGUUCUGCUCUUCCUUGGUGCAGAGAAGAUGAGAGGAGACGGCAGAGACAGGUUGUAGGGGAGGGCUGAUAGGCUACCCUAAAGAAGUGUGUUUUUUAGGGAAUUUUUUGAAGCACUGCGGGAUAAAAUAGAUAGGCAGUGGGAUGUGGGCCCACCAUAAAUAGGGACACAUGCACACAUAUUUCAAACUGGGCCCUAAAACAGCAUUGAUUAGCAACACCCAGUACUCACAAGCAACCAAGCUCUGCAGAAUCGCCUAAGCAGAGGUAUCAUCUCUGGAAGGCUGCCCACCAUCCCCUCCCCACCCCAUGCCACCCCAUGGUCAUUACCAUACUUAUAGAUAGUGCAGUUCAGCUGGUUUUCAAAACACACCAAUCAAGUCACUAAACCUCUCCUCACCUGAAAUCCUUCUGUUAACAAACUGCAUCCAUAAACCAUGGUUUAAACACUCAUUGGUAUAUGUGUGUGUAUAUAUGUCUAUGAUUAUAUAUGUGCAUAUGUAUAAUCUUCAUAUCUAUAUAACAAAACACAUUUUCUCUAAAUAAUGUUCUCCCUUCUAUUUUUCACUUUCACACUAACUUCUCUCUUUACAAAAAUAUCCCUAUUCUUCUGCUCACCAGCCCCUGGGAACACCACCUUUAUUACUUCCUCUUUACUCCCCUCCCCUCUCUUUUCAUCCCAUGCACUCUACACAAACCUUUCCAGCCUAUCUCCACCAACUCCUCCCAAUCCUCUAUAUACAUACCCUCCUACAAAACAUUCAAAUCCUACUCUCACCUUCACUUCCUUUCUACCCUUCUGCUCCUAGCUGUUGGUGAUGUCUCUCCAAACCCCGGUGUCAUCUCGGCAAACCCACCAUGUACUAACUCAAGGAACCACACCAAUCUCAUUCCCAUCUCAUGUUAUUCUUCCUCCAAAUCCUCCUUCAACACUGCCCUCUGGAACGCACGCUCUGUUUGCAAUAUUACAAAAUCCAUUGCUGUUCACGACCUCCAUCUCUCGUUCCCUAGAUUUACUAGCCUUAACAGAAACAUGUCUAUAAUCACAACCCAAGACACUCUGAAUGUAAAGGUGGUGGUGUAGGGUUUCUCCUCUCGCCUCAUUGCUCCUUCAAACCUUUACCCACCCCCCCCUCUCUUUCCCAUCAUUUGAAAUUCAUUUGAUUCAUCUUUUCAAACCCUUCUCUGCUAACAUUGGUGUUAUUUACCGCCCCCCUGGUUCUCCUCUCCUCUUCCUUGACCACCUUGAUGCCUGGCUACCCUACUUCUUCUCUUCUAAUAUUCCAUCCUUAAUUCUCGGAGACUUUAAUAUCCCCAUUAACCCACCUUUGACCUCAGCAGCCUCUAAACUACUUUCAAUCACUUCCUCCCUUGGGCUAUCACAGUGGGCUAAUUCUCCCACCUAUCUAGCUGGCAAUACCCUCGACCUCAUUUACUCUUAUGCAUGUACAGUAUCUAAUAUCUGCAACACUCUAUUUCCUCUCUCUGAUCUCUCGAGUACCCCCUCACCCAACAACAUAGUUGAUCAUGCUCUCCUUCUUGAAACUCUGCAAUCAGUUGGUCUCUGUGACUCUGUCCUCUCGUGGUUUUCCUCUCAUCUCUCCUAACACUCAUUCAGUGUCUCCUUUUCUAAUGAUACCUCCUCAUCUCGUCCUGUCUCGGCUGGAGUCCCCCAAGGCUCUGUCCUUGGUCCCCUUCUAUUUCCUCUUUAUACUGCCUCUCUUGGCAAACUUAUUACCUCUUUUGGAUUCCACUACCACCUGUACGCUGAUGACACCCAGAUACAUCUCUCCUCUACCCUGCCACCCCGCAACAUGUCACUGCUUGCCCUUCUUCCAUCUCUGACUGGAUGUCCUCCCGCUCUCUAAAACUCAAUCUCUCUAAAACUGAGCUCCUUGUCCUUCCUUCUCCUAAUACUGAUCCUCCUCUUUCACUCUCCCUACAAGUUAGUUACAUAAGUCCACCCUUGCAAGCGCGCUGUUUUGGCAUCAUACUUGAUUCUGACCUCACCUUUGAGCCUCACAUCCAGUAUGUUGCCAAAUCCUGUAGAUUCCAUCUUAAAAACAUAGCCCGCCCCUUUCUUAUGCAAGCUGACACCAAGGAGCUUGUUCAUGCUCUAGCAAUUUCCCGCAUGGAUUAUUGUAACCCUCUCCUAAUUGGUCUUCCCAAAAGCCGUAAUGCCCCACCACAGUCUGUAAUGAAUGCUGCCGCCAGACUGAUCCUCUAACACCUUACCCUCUGUCAGUCCUUAUAUUACAUAGUUACAUAGUUACAUAGCUGAGAAGAGACUUGCGUCCAUCAAGUUCAGCCUACCUCACAUUUGUUUUUUGCUGUUGAUCCAAAAGAAGGCAAAAAAACCCAGUUUGAAGCACAAUUUUGCAACAAGCUAGGAAAAAAAUUCCUUCUUGACCCCAGAAUGGCAGUCAGAUUUAUCCUUGGAUCAAGCAGUUAUUACCCUACAUUGAAAGAUUAUAUCCUUGAAUAUUCUGUUCUUGCAAGUAUGCAUCUAGUAGCCGUUUGAACAUCUGUAUGGACUCUGAUAAAACCACUUCCUCAGGCAGAGAAUUCCACAUCCUGAUUGUUCUUACAGUAAAAAAACCUUUCCUUUGCCUUAGGCGAAAUCUUCUUUCUUCCAGUCUAAACGCAUGGCCUCGUGUCCUAUGUAAAGUCCGGUGUGUGAAUAGAUUUCCACACAAUGGUUUGUAUUGGCCCCGAAUAUAUUUGUAUAAUGUUAUCAUAUCCCCUCUCAGGCGAUGUUUUUCUAAACUAAAUAGGUUUAAAUUUGUUAACCUUUCUUCAUAGCCGAUAUGUUCCAUUCCUUUUAUUAACAUUGGCUUCCUGUAUCCUAUAGAAGUCAAUUCAAAGUGCUAAGCCAUACCUAUAAAGCAUUUACCAAUUCUAGCCCCUCUUAUAUCUCUUCACAGAUCCAUAGGUAUGCCCCUUCUCGGUCUCUCCGCUCUGCCCAUGAACUUCUGUCCACUUCUUGCACCCGUACGGCCAACUGUUGCUUGCAGGACUUCUCGCGGGUGGCUCCCUUCCUAUGGAAUAGCCUUCCUAGCACCAUCAUACUCUCCCCUAAUCUUCAAUAGUUUAAGAAGUGCCUUAAAACCCAUCUCUUUAGAAAAGUGUAUGGCCUCCCAGAGUAACCUCUGCCUUACAUACCUGUCCCUUGCUCUCUCCUCCAGUUUUGCUUCACACUCUACUCUCUCCUCCAGUUUUGCUUCACACCCACCUAUUUUGAUUGCUAUUUCCUGUCCUAAUGUGUUUUAUACCCCACCUCCUAUAGACUGUAAGCUCAUUUGAGCAGGGUCCUCUUCAACCUAUCGUUCCUGUAAGUUUUCUUGUAAUUGUCCUAUUUAUAGGUAAAUCCCCCCUCUUAUAAUAUUGUAAAGUGCUACGGAAUCUGUUGGCGCUAUAUACAUGGUAAUAAUAAUAAUAAUAAUACAUGCAUACAAUAUGGCUGCAUUACUCCCCAGUAACCUUUUACUAUUUCUUCCACAGGAAAAAAAAACAUGGUACAUAGCAACAUACGGACCAAAAAAAAAAAACAGGGUUUUUUUGUUUCCCUAAAACGUGUUAAAUAAGAAAUCAGCUAAACAGCACGUGAGAGGGCAUCCUUGGGGUUGGGCAAUAACAUCUGUUGUUAUUGUUUUUCCAGACGCUUCUUGUCAUACAGAUGCCUUUCACAUAGAGUGAUUAUCAUAAACGUACUAAUCUAUGGUCACAGGGAUUUUCAUCCUUUUGAGGUGUUGCCAAUUUUAAAUUACAUUAAAGACCAAUCUGUGAAGCAUUAAACUGGGUGCUCAGAUGUUUUGUUUUGUAAAGGAAAAUGCUUUGUUCCGCAGUAGUCAUGUAAUAAACAAAUAUGUAUAUUGUGAGACAACAGCUACCAUUCUAGAAUCUGGAGGAGAAAUGGAUCUGACACAUUCGGUUCCAUUGAUAGAUUGAUUUUCUUAUUUAUUGUUUUCAUUUAUUUAGAUAGAAAUGUUCAGUUAAAUAUUUUUCUACGUGAUCUCCAUUUAGUUUAGUUUUUUUUUUUAAUACAAUAAUAAUUGUUUGUUUAGCUUUGUUUUUAUUUUCUUUUGUAUAUAAUUAUGUGAUAUGUUGCUCAAUUAUUAACAUUAUUCCUCUUGGCCUGCAGGAAAACAUGGCAGCACUUUGUCAGAACAAAUCCUUCCAUCAAAUUCCCAUGGGUCUCCAUCCAAACAUCAAAAUCCUUGACAUGUCGAAGAAUGAACUGCAGAACAUCACAGAGAGUCCUCUGUUUCUUUAUUCGUUAAUAGAAUAUCUUGAUUUGAGCGCCAACAAAAUUAGCUUUAUUCAGCACGAUUCUUUCAAGAACAUGGUUAAUUUGAAGGAAAUUAAUAUGUCUGUAAACUAUUUAGAUGGAUUUGCCCAUUACAAUGGACAAGGAAUUGGAAUAUUACCCCAUGUUCAAACGUUGGACCUAUCAAUAAAUAGCUUGUAUAAUGAUAUGACGAGACCUUUUCUACAAAACGCUCCACAUCUUCAACAUCUUUUAUUGUCAGGAAAUAGUAUUACUGUGCUCUCUUCAAAGACAUUUGAAGGUGCCCCUAAGCUAAAAGAGGUGGAUCUUCAGAACAAUAUUAUCAUGCACAUAGAAGAAGGUACUUUUGACCAUCUAAAGCACCUUACCAAAAUUAAUCUUGCUAUGAAUUCCAUCUCAUGCAUUUCUGAUUUUAAACUUCAACAACUUAAAAGUCUAAACCUGAGUAAAAACAGCAUUGAAAUGUUUCAUACCUCCGAUUCAGAUGAAGAAUAUAUGCUUGAACAUGUUGACUUGAGUGACAAUAAAUUAUUAAAUGUUCCUAUUCUUCCAAGGAUUAACAAUAUAGCUACUCUAAACUUGUCUAUGAAUCUAAUAAGUCUUUCAGUUGAAAUGUCUGACGAUGAAACAAGUUGGAUGGAUGAUACAGUCCAACUUCGGAGCGAAGAUGAAGGUGAACUUAGAAAUACAACCACCAUUUUUUUACCGAAGCUCACUUACUUAGAUCUAAGUUACAAUAAUAUAGAAUCUAUCCCCAAUGACUUUUUUGUAAGUAUGCCUUUACUUAGGUUUUUAAACCUAAGCAAAAAUUGCCUGGAAGAUGUCUCCUUUGGAUACUUUGUGCCACAAAACUCAUUAGUUGUUCUCGAUUUAAGUGGAAAUAGUUUGCAGAAUAUAUCUCUAGCUAAAAAGUCUCUCCGAGGGUUGCAAGAACUUUAUCUACAAAAUAAUCGACUUCAUGUAAUUGAAUCCAAAAUAUUUCAAGGUCUGCCAAGUAUUGUCCUGCUUAACCUACAAAAUAAUAAUAUCAAUUUGUGCCCUACAAAUUCGGGAGUAAUGACACGAAGGACAGAGGAAUAUCGAUGUGUAGCAUUUUUCAACAUUCCUACAUUACAGCAUUUAAACCUUAGAGAGAACAUGAUGCAAAAGAUACCUCAGUCUGCCUUCAAUGGAACCCCAUUGACUUAUCUAGAUCUAUCACUGAACUUUGGACUUACAAUAACGCCAAACGCACUAGAAGGUUUAGAAAGAUCCCUGGAAGUGUUAUACAUUGAGGGUAAUGGUCUGCAACUGCUUAAUGUUGAUCUCCCACUUUUUAUGUACCUUAAAGAUUUAAACUUGUCUGGGAACCAACUGACAUGGUUGCCAAGUUGGAAUAAAUAUUGCAAAUUGGAAACUCUUGAUCUAAGCAACAAUAGUUUUAGCGAUUUGCAACACAGCAAUAUCCAAGGACUUGAAAAUACUUUAAAAACCCUGUGUUUAUAUGGAAAUCCAUUGAGCUGUUGUGCAAAUUCUUGGAUUGCCCACAUGGUGAGGAGGACUACAUUAACAGUUCUCUCCCUAAAUUCUACAACUUGCUACAGUUCUAAUAGCAACAAGGAAGAAAUACUUAUAGAACAACUGAUUCCUGAAAUCUGUGAAAAAGAGGAACUGACUAAAAUUAACCUAAUAGUGAUAAUAUUAUCAGUAAUAGCGAUUGUACUAGUUAUUGCAAUUGGUUGUGGUAUAGUCUGUCGUUUUUGCAGACGGAAGAGUAAACAGCAAUUUAAAGCUUAGUAACUGUCACAGACACUGCUCACUCUGUUCCUGCCUUUAGGUGGGCCCUGUUUUUAUGGCUUUGAAACAAAAGCUGAAAUCAUUUAACUAAGCAUACAUAGGCUCCUCUUCUUUCUCUGAUGUCAUCUCGUUAGCCUGUCUGUUAGGUUUGCAUGGAUUGUGUGAUGUAUGGUUUCCAAGCUGUGAAAAUGUACCAGGUGUUUAUACACUAAUUCUGUUGAAGACUGUAUGCAAACAAACCUACUUCCAUAGGAUCGGGUUUUCUCAUAAAUGGAAUAUAUUAAUUCACAAUAUAAAGGUUAGUAUUAUAUUGGCCAAUAACUUACAUUUUCCAUCUUCUAUUGUCAUGGAACCAAAGUCUCUGUCUCGGUCCUAGAUUACUUCUCUAAUGCGAGAGAACUGCACACAUGCACCAGGCUGCUGGACCCCCUUUGCUAAGCACAAACCCGGCAUGUUUCUUGUAAGCUCCUGAACUCGCCUUUUAUCAGUCAUUACCCAUAUACCCCACUUUUAAACCUUCCAUCGUUGGAAUGUAUGAAGUUGUGCAGUUAAGCAAAUCGUGAUUUAUUCCAAUGAUCCUUUACAAAAAUCUAAAUAGGAAGUCUUUAACACCAGUUGACUGGUCAAUGUCUGCUCAAGAAAAGCAUAUCUUAGUUCUUAGGCACCUCGCGUAUGUUCAAAAUCGGGGAUAUUCGGGUUAAAAGGACAUUAUGAUUAACCUGUUUUUCACUAAAUAAAAUAAAAUUUGAGUUUGUUCAUUAAAUAAGAAAUUGUGGUGAUCUCACGAGGAAAAUUAUAACUUGGAGCCCAUUAUAGCCAAACUGGAAAAAAUGGGGAAGAAUUUGUUUAGUUUGGCUGUUUGCCAUAAAAUUAGCAUUUUUUUUUUUUUGUCAGUACUCAGGGUUGCCUGUUUAAUACAUUAUUUUCUUUCUGUUGUAUUCACCAUUGCAUGUGUUAAUGUUUACAUUUAGUGAACAAACUUAAAACGUUUGAAGUGCUAUUUUUUUGGUGAAAGAAUUUCAUGUUGCACUACACUACUUCCUGCCUUGUGAAAUACAGUGCCGUGAGUGUCAAUAUUCCACGUUCUGUCAACAAAUGGAAAUGUUUACACAUAUAUUUGUGUUGCCAUAUUAUCUUUUAUACAUCAAUAUUUUUUCUUAUACGGCUAUUUUUAUAUGAAGCCCAUUGCUGGCAUUGCACCCAGACACAGUUGAUUAAUAACAGCUAAUUUACACUACAUCUCAUUUGUGAUAAUUGGAUAAACACUGCUAAAAAGCACAUAAUAAAGAAAGCUCAGAUCAGCUGCUGGAGACUGACACUUUAUGUGCUGUUUGUUGUUAGGAUAUAUUACCUCCUUAAAGGUACACUGUAGGCACCCAGGCCACUACAGCUCAUUGAAGUGGUCUAGGUGCAAUGUCCAAUGUCCGAUUACCCUACUAUAGAAGUUAUUGCAGUUAUUGAGAAACUGCAAUAAUUACUAUCCAAGGUUAAGUACACCUCUAGGGGCUGUCUAACGGUCUUACUGGUUUGAAACAAAUCUUUGGUCUGAUAUCUGCCGGUUGACGUUCUCACGCUCUGCAUGAUAACUUCUAGUCUCCUCUGCCGACUGAUAUUGGCAGGGGAGGAGCGUGGGCGGGGCCUGACCCAGUGCCAAGAGACAUCAGUGCUGGAUUAGGGUAAGUGACUGAAGGUUUUAACCUAUUCAGCGCUGUGGGAGGGGGGCGCAAGGGAGGGGGGUACUGUUUUGCUGGCACUAUAGAAUCCCUUUAACCCCUUAAGGACACAUGACAUGUGUGACAUGUCAAGAUUCCCUUUUAUUCCAGAAGUUUGGUCCUUAAGGGGUUAAAAACAAGUGGUUAAGCAAAUCCGAUUAUGGAAUCAAUGGUAUAGCACCUCAUCUAUUAUAAGCGGGUAAAAACUUAGAUAUUUAAACCUGCAUUAAUAUUCCAUUAAUAAUCCUUGUUAGUUGACUACUAAUAAGGUAUACAUAUUUUCUUUUUUAUUUAAAGGACCACUAUAGGCACCCAUACCAAUUUACCUUAAUGAAGUGGUCUGGGUGCCAGGUCCAUCUAGGAUUAACACUUUCUGCUGUAAACAUAUCAGUUUCAGAGAAACUGCUUUGUUUACCUAUGGGUUAAUUCAGCCUCUCAUUGACAGCCGCUAGAGGCGCUUCCGCGCUCCUCACUGUGAUUUUCACAGUGAGAGGACGGAAGCGUCCAUAGGAAAGCAUUGAGAAUGCUUUCCUAUGGACUGGCUGAAUGCGCACACGGCUCUUGCCGCGCAUGCGCAUUCAGCCGAUGACAUCAAAAAAGGUAAGUGAUUAACCCCUUCCUCCCCCUUCAGCGCCAUGGGAGUGGGACCCUGAGGGUGGGGGCACCCUCAGGGCACUAUAGUGCCAGGAAAACAAGUAUGUUUUCCUGGCACUAUAGUGGUCCUUUAAUAUUGCAAUGCAAAAUGAAAUGACAUAAAACUACCCUUACUAUUUAAUCUGCUCCUGUGUUGUCCCUCACCCGUAGGAGAAACGAAUUUCCAGUUCCAUUUACAGCUGGCAUUGUUCUUUGCAUUAAGCAAUUCCAUUUGUUUUUGGCAAGGUAGAUGUAAUAACUGUAUGUGGAAAGUAUCGCCACGUAUGGUCAUUAUCUGUCUUCAUUAUAUAUUAAAGUAUCUUAGAAGUGUCAGUGAGCGUUUCAGGAUGAGAUGAUCCUGACAGGCUGCAGUGUUUAACCCCUUAGUAACCCCACAGGCUGCAGUGUUGUAACCCUUUAGUUAAAAAGUCUGGUUUUGCUGGCAAAUAGGCACAAAUGUCCCCAAAGGCUCUGCCAAUCCUGGUGUAAAUCCAAGUUUGGCAGAAAUUUAAUGUAUAAAUAUUUUAAUGAACCUUAAUCCAUCCGUACUAGUUUGUCGGUGGGAAGUGGGUUUAUAAAACUGUGUUCAAUGGUCAGAACUCCCUUUAAAUGAAUGGAAUACACACAUUAGAAUCCUUUGGGGCAAUGUAGCAAAUAAGCCUCAAGGGAUUAAGAAGAGAAACAGCAGUAAAAUAUGUUUGUCUAUGUUGCUAAAUCACACGACAGCGGUUACAUGCAAUGUAUUGUAACAAUGUAAACAUACUUAUUCUGUGAAUACAGUAACGCAGUAUUAUUUAAUUUCCUAGUAAGGGAAAUUACCGAUAGCUUGGCUGGAAUGUGUCAACACUAAGUUAUUUUUAACUUUGUUAUCCUUUGUAACUUUGUAACAUAAAUUUUAAAUAAAUGUUUAAUUUUUAUUAUUGAAA